GAUCUGAGCACUGUGUCACAACACAGCUCAGCUCAGCUCUCACAUCUGGCCACGUUCUCAUACAAGCAGCUGGGACAAAGUGGGGAGCUUACACGGAACACGUGAAAUUGUUCCCCAGAAGGAAGAUAGAAUGUCUUCUAAGCAGAUCUCCUCUAUGACCUACUGUGCAAGAAUAGUGACAUCUAAAAGUUUUGGAUUGUGUUCUUUCUUUGGUUGAUUUUUAUACGAUUUACAUAUUGUAUUGGAAUAUAUCUAACAUUCAAUGUACAUACAUACAUACUCUCAAAGAGUGUGCAAGUUGGAUGCUCAUAGCAAAGAUAAAGACUUGUUUUUGAAAAAUUAGAUGAGAAGCAAGCUGAUCAGGAAUGAAGAUAUUUGCCAAUACCAUGACGGUGUAUGUCUUAGUAGACAGCAAUCAACAUGUUGUUGAGAAAGAGAUGCAGAUCGCUGCUAUGCCAGCUGCAGUUAUUUGUGCUUAUGUUGGGGAUGCUAUUGCUACUAUUGAUGAUCACAGUUCUGGAUCCAAUAUCCCAUAGUGUGGGCACAUCCAGAGAUCCGUAUCCACAUCACAACGAGGUUGACGAUGGGUGGCCUGCCAUGGGCUUGUUUCUGGAGAGGGAUAAUAACAGACAAGGGUACAAGGUGGAAGUCCUUUCUCCUUUAUCUUCUUUAAGGGAUGAAGGUUUGAUUGCAAUGAAGAUGUCUGGACCUGCGCAAGGUCUUGACAGGGUCAGGCGAAAAAUGUACAAGAUAGUGGGUCAACCCAAGAAGAAGAAUGAAGAGGACAUACCAUCUGUGGUAUGUGUCACGCAAAAAGGAAACGCACUAAAUAGACAAGGUUUGGACUCGUCUGCCAGCCAAAGAAUUCCCUUACAUAGGAAAAUACCGGAGGGUCGGCACCCGCUGUGAGUAAUGCAGAGACUAUAUUUGUGUCAGUAACAGAGAUAUAUGGAGUAUUAAUUCUCCAAGUUGAGCACCUGUGCUGUUUAACACCAGUAGAAAAGUUCUGCUUUAGUGCUGCGUAAUGCAAUGCAUAUGGCAUGAAAAUAUCAGCACAUCUGCUAUGCCUGUUCACAUACAGUUUGCAUGUGUGUUUGUUUAGGAAAAUUCUGUGCAUUUGCAAGUGUUUUCUAGGGAAGACAGUGUGUGUUAAGGAGCAGAAUUAAAGAAAUAUGCUACGGGUUGAGUUGUAUGUCUACGGAAGGCAUUCCUGUGUGCAUUCAUUGAGAAGGGGGAUUCCAUUAUGCUUAGAUGGGAAAAUCGUAUAUGCUUUAGGAUUUUAGGGGUGAGGGGCUCUUUGUGCAUGUCAGAUGAUUCAGUAUGUCACUAUAAAGCGGCUUUGUCGCCUUAUUUUGUAAAGACUCCCAAAGACGACAAUGCUGCUCAGCGUUCGAUGGACGGUGGUGCAGUGGAGGUAAGUUAUACUUACCUGAAGCUGUCUGCUAUUCUAAUUUAUCAGAUUCUGCUCCUUCGUCUGCCAGCAGCCCACAGCGUUAGUCUUGCAUAUGCGCACGAGUACAACACUGAUAUCUAGACCGCAGGAGCCUCCAUAGAUAUUGACUCAAAAUGAGCAAAAAAGUGCUUUAUGUUAAGGACUGGGGGAAGGGACAAAGCUUGACGGCAGUAAGUCCGCUUUUUGUCAAGACAGAGAUUUACCAUAAGACAAAGUUAUUCCCACUUUGUCUUUUGCUAACUUUUGACAGUAUGUGAAUUUUAAUGGAAUGUGUAUAUGAGCAUUUUAUUAAGAUUGUCUCUUUAUGUGUGUAUGGUGUGUAUGGUGAUCAUUGUGUGAAAAUGUAUUUUGAAGGAGGAUUCUGUGUAUGUGUAUAUUUAAGGGACACUCUAGGCACCAUAACCACUUCAUCAAACUGAAGUUUCUGCCUUCCCUUGGUGCCAUUUAUCUAUGCAGGGUUAUAUAUAUAGCCUGGACCCUCUUGACUGCUGGGGCUUAUGCUCCCCCAUUACCCAUGCAGUUAUAGGCACUGCUGUGCAUCUCCAUCUUAGCCAUGCCUCCAGUGGAGGACAGAAACACAGUGAUAAAGGGCAACGGCCAACAAAUUUUCACAAUGUUUUUUUCAAAGUUUAUUACAUUUAAAGAAACUUAACAAUAUUUAAAAAUAUCCCUUUGUAUUUGGCUGAGCAGCCAUCAGAAAAUUUAUAGUGAAUGUAUUACAAUGUUUUUUUUAAUCCUUGUAUUAUGUCAAAAAAUAUACUGUUUGUAUACCAAUUGUCUUCUUGUAGUCUUAAAUAAAGAAUUUAAUAACAAUAAGAACAAUAAGAUGUGAAAAUGUGAUGACAGUUGCCCCUUAAAUAUUUAAAACAUAAUGGAAGGACAGAACUCUAGGCACCAUAACCACUUCAUUAAUAUAAUGUGUUAUGGAGCCAUGUCUGUUUUUAGAAUCUGAAUGUGUACACAUACUUUAUGUUAGAUAAGGAAUCUUUAAGUGUAUCUGUAUGUUUUGUCUGAGGAAUAUAAAUGAAUGGAUGUAUGUGCCUGGUUUUGUGUGCUAAGGAAGACUGUAUUUUUGAGGGAGACAGUCUGUGUGUAGGAAGGGAAUUUUGCAAUUGUACUGUUAUCUAACAUCUAUGGGCUUUAUUCACUAAACACCAAAUUGUAAUGAGCUAAAAAUUUGAAAUACAAAAUUUGGGCAAAAAGAACUGAUUUCAAAAUUUGUCCGAUUCACUGAUAGUCACAACUUAGCUAUUUUUGACUACAUUUUACAAUUCUGAGGUCACCGACUACCCAUCCCUUUUUGCCGAUUGUAUCAACAUUUUUCUGAGUCUGUAGUUCCAUAUCUACCCACUGUAUAGUGUCAUGGCAAAUUAAGCUAAAUUGUACAUUUGCAUAGGAUUUGUUUUCCAUGAACAGACUGUUACCAACAUUAAAGGGGCACUCCACUGUUCAAAUACAAAAUAAAUAAAAAUCAUUGUUUAGUAGAUAUGCAUUUAAUUAUGAAUUUUUUUUCAUUGGGGUAUGUAUAAAAACUGAUUGCAAAACCUGCAGUUCUCUGUCUGCAGCCUUGGCAAACCAUCCCAUUCUGACCCCGCCUAGACUUUGUGGCUGUCCAAUCACAGACUUCCCAAUGCAGCUCAGUGAGAAGUCUUUGCAAGGCAGGUGCAUUGAGCAAUUGCUGCCUAUUGAGUUUAGCUACACUGAGCUAACCAAACAGGAAGUAGCAUGAGGGGGGUGUAACCAGGGUAAUUUAUAAAAGUAUAAAAAGUGGCACACUCUUCACACAUAAACCUUUUCAGCUAGCAAAUAUUCUUUAGGGUCUGGAGUGCCCCUUAAAAUGCAUAUUUCUAAUGUUAUAGUAUCCUAGUCAACGCCGGUUUUGACACAUUAAUCAGAGGUAUUAAUAAUUGGUUUUUUUCCAUACAGUUGUCUCCACCAGAGUUACCAUGAAAAAUUACCCACAGCCAGUGUUAUUAUCUCUUUUCAUGAUGAGGCUUGGUCUACACUCCUGAGAACGGUGCACAGCGUGCUUGACAAUUCUCCCAGAAAUGUUGUAAAGGAAAUUAUCUUAGUCGAUGAUCUAAGUCAACAAGGUAAUCACUGGCUUUCUUUUUUUUUUUUUUUUUAAAGAAUAAUGCCCUACUGGACAUUAUUAGCAGAAAUGCUAAAAAAAACGUACUAAAAAAAAAAAAAGGUUUUACUUACUUAAAUUCUAGCACCGAAUGAAGUUCCCAGCACUGUUCAGCGCGCUCCCGUCUGAUAUCACGGAAGCCGCACAGAGGUCCAAUCAAAGGCUUCUCAUAGCAGAGCCUUUGAUUAAAACAUUUAACCAUCAUAGAGUGCAUAUGCACACUCUGAGCCAGUGAAGGGUGGAGGAGAGGGAGUGAGGAAAUAGAAAGGAGGAGGGAGGGCAGUAGAAGCAAAAUAAAAUAGUCAAGGGUAUAGGGACUGUGGAUAAGCAGGGUUUCAAGCAGAAACACUGCACAUAUAGACCCCUCUUAUCACAAUCUCUUAUAAAAGCAGAAGGGGUCAUGGUGCUUGGAGUAACCCUUUAAUAAUCUCCAUACAGAAAAGGCGUGUAAUGAUUAUCUACGAUCCAUAAGGCAUAUCCGGUGUUCAUGUAGGAGUUUAAUGAUGGUCAGGUGUAACCGUCUUCAGCCAGCGUCAUAGGUUGCCUGGUCAAGCUUUAAUUCUUCUCACAAAAUAUUUUUAAUUAGACGACCACAAAAACUAAAAAAAACAUAAGGCGGGAGGGAUUUAAUGAGCGAGGGAGGGGAGAUAAAUGCAUCCCCUUGCAGACGCUGCCUGCAAGGUAGCAGCUCAUUAUUCUGUUGAUAGUGUGCAAUGCACACUAACGACAGGCUUCAUUUUUUGUACAGAACUUAUAUUACUCAUCCUGGAACAGUUAAAGUCACACACACACAGAUGGAGCAAACAAUAAAUACUUAUCUAUUUUGAAAUUCACAAAAGUAACAAUAGAGACGUUUAAAAAGCAGAGUUCUAUUAAAAAAGCUGUAGGACUAUUAAGGGCAGUCCGGCUCCCUCUUCUGUAGAUACUACAAGGAAAGGUUGAAACUAUAGGAAAAACUGCAUUGUAAUGGAGAUCAUGUAUAUAUAAUGAGAUGCACUCACAUGCUUCGGAGCCAAAUAAAGCACGCUCGACACUAAAGUCAGCAUCGGUAUUCCCAAAGAAGACUGAUUCUACUAGAUUGGAGGUGAUAAACAAUUUAUUAAAAUAAAUAAACAAGUAAAAACAAAAUAAGAUUCUUGCGUAUGAGACUUGAAAAAGUCUUUUCUAGAAAAGAGAAAAUUAUGGUAAAUAAUAUUGAUACAAAUUAGGUGUGCACUAGGGAACUAUAUUGUGUAUUUUGUAUUACUUUUUAAGUCUGGAACAGAGUCUGUCUGCCUAAGUCACGUGGGUACAACUCAUCCCAUGCACAAAACUGUAGAUUUCUCUGUAUGUGCAGAGUUUCAAGCAGAAAUGCUGCACGCAGUGGAUCCUGCGAACAUGACCACUUCUAAAAGCAGACGUGGUGAUGGUGGUCGGAGUAACCCUUUAAAGGAACACUAUAAUGUACUCCUUUCAUCCCUUUAAAAGGGUAGUUUACUUACAUGCGGGGCAAAACGCUGCACCAAUCUCCUUUAUAGAGAUAAAUUGAAUCAAUGCAUUUCAAUGGUAAGUGUUCAGUGUCUGUAUGCAGAGGGUGGAGACACUGAAUGGCAGUGCUGCACACUGUACUGCCCCAGGAAGCACCUCAAGCAGCCUUCUGAGGAGUGACCAGGUGAGAGAUCCUUUGGCUGUAAUGUAAACACUGCAUUUUCUCUGGGGGAAAAAAGCCAUUGAAAAGCCUGCAGAGACACCCCGAAGACACCAUAAGAACUACAUUAAGCUGUCCCUUUAAGUAUUUUGCUGUAAUUUAUCCACAGCUAGCAACUUUCUCAAUAUUUAUACAUAUUGCCUUCCACUGAGCGGCUGAAGAAUAUUUUAAAAGCAUUUUCAGAUGGGCUUGUAAUCUAAGUUUGGGCUGCUAAAUUAACCAUAUUAGUUGCAAUCAGUGUCACGCAACUGUUUAACACAAUGCAAAGCACUCUAUCUGGCCCUAAAUCGAUUAUCUCUCUUUAUCAACAGUACAGUGAUGGGAAAAUAGUGGCAGAUACAAUUAUUCUUGCUAUCUGUCCUCCACGUCUUGUCCUGGUCCUUAGAAUGUGAGAGUUACUGGCCAUUUCAAGAAAAAUUCUCAUUUUGUUCCAAAUAUUUAUAAAAGCAUUACAUAACUGGUUACAUGCACGUCAGCCUUUUCCCAUACAAGCAAUGGGCCAAAUCAAUAUUAAAUCUGCUGUCUAUGUCUUUUGCCAGGAAGUGGGUUACAUAUCAUUAAGGUAUAUAGUUACUAGUAAUCCAAAGCUCUGGGGCUCUCUUAGGCAGACAUACGAUCUACAAAGAAGAGAAAAUUUUAUUUUAAAUCACGAACAUUUUAACAGCACGUAUGAGUAACCAGUCAAUAUCUUCGUCCAUAAAAGGGACUUUCCAUUACUUAUAAAAAGUAUAAGCUGGAAAAGGGAUACAUGUUUGCCAGGUACUUCCCAACAAUCAUACAUACAGCCAACAUAUGAGGGAUAUUUAGUAAAAACUAAUACUAUGAAAAGGCAUAACCACACACCAUCCAAGUAUCCCUUAUUAUGGGAAUAAGUCCUUCUUUGGACCCAAAACCCAUAGGAGAGCUGUCAAGGGAGCAGUGGGGCAAUUUCUCUCCAGGCCACGAGCAUACAGGAGUUAUGAAGCCUGAUGAUUAAAAUAGCAUACCCCCCAACUGUCUCUGUUUAGGAGGUACAGUCCCUAUUUUGUGCUCAAAACCCUCUGUCCCUACUGUUCCAUUCACUCAACUUUAACUAGAUGUUUUAAAAUGGCCAUUUGAAAUGUUGAUGCGUAUAUAAUUGUUGUGAUUUAGUUAAUCAGUAUUUGAUGUCAGGAGCACUGUUUGUAUUUUGCAAUUGACUAUAUGAAAGGUUAUGUUGUUAACAUUGGUUUGAUUCAGUUCAACAGCAGCCAAGGUUUAGCAGUAAAGUUUGGCUGUUGGUUUUUCAUUACUACCUGUGGUAUAAAGUUAACAUACGGCAGGAGCAGUACACCGUAAGCUCUAAUACAGAAUACAUUACAUUUGAUUCCAUUUCUGGAAUUUAGAAUAUAUUUAUGCAGUAUGUAAUUAAAAACACUAGAACGACCAUACACAACUUCCAUGAUAUUCCUUUAUCCCACAUCUCAAUCCCUAAUCAACUAGAUUUUUGAAAGGCUUUUUUACCACUGCUCGGGGCAGAUCCAGAGGCCAAAUAGAAUGAGCUUUUAAACAUACUUGCAAAACCUGCUUUUGAUUGGUUGAUCUUCAAGCAUAUGAACCAAGGUUUUGUUUUGGAUUCACUAGAUUCUCAUUAAUUCCCCUUAGGAGCAAUUCACAAUAAUCAGAAAUAGAUUGAAUUAUGGCAUCUUGUAUUAUCUUGAUAUUUAUUGAACUUGAUGCCUUUGCAAUGUUCUGUUUCAAUAUUAUUGUUUGGUUUGUUUUCCAUUUGCGCCUUUUUCAUCUUUUGGUAUAUCUAAACUCUGUUGUAUAAAUAAAGAAUUAUGAAAAUAAUGUACAUGGCUUAUUUGGGACAAUUUACCUUUGUGUUCCCCCUUGGAUCCUCCACUGUUUUUGUUUCCACCUCUCAUUAUACAAGAAACAAAUUGAAGCUUGCCUUGUAGAAGAAUGGUGUAUUCUUUCAAACAUGUGGUUUCACUUGUGUGUGUUUGUGUGUGCAUUAUUUGUGUUUGUAUGUCCAGGAGACCCGUGAUCGGUAGGUUCAGUAGAUUCUGCUACCACACUGUCAUAUUUUGGAUACUAAAUAUGUUUUUUUGAAUUGUGUACCGCACAUUUUGCUUUCUCUUUACCAUAAUGAGGGGAGAGUAAAAAUAGAGUCACUUGGUAAAUAAAAUUAUCGAACGCAGGGUAGUUAAUAUAACUCACCAGAACUGUCAAGAACAUCUUGGUUGCAGCGCACAAUUGUUUUCUACCAAUUUCAAACAUUAUCAAGUAAGCAAAUUGACAUUACUGUCAGAAGGGUGUUUACCAUGAUAAAAAGAAACAUGAUCACUUAGAAUAUUUAGGAAUACAACCUACCUGCCUUUAUAAUAUUACAGUCUAAUAAUUGGCGCCCAUUGGAGGAUCUGACACAAAACUAAAAAUAGGUAUACCUGGUUUCAAGAUUGCAUUAUACUUUGCAAACAGGGUUAUUUCAACUGAGAAUUCAAAGUGAAUGCCAAAUUUAAUUCUACAGUAGCCAAACUGAAAGCAUCGCUGAUUUGGAGAAUUUGUCUAAUUUGGCCUUUUUUUACCCUAAAUUUGAAAUUCACUUCCAAUUCUCACUUUACUAAAUAACCCUGUAAGCUUCAUCCUAUUUUCUCCAGUGAUCAGCAGAUCUCAUUAUGGAUAGGUAUUGAAUUAAAGGGACACUAUAGUCACCCAAACAACUUUAGCUUAAUGAAGCACUUUUGGUGUAUAUAAAAUACAUAUACAGUCUCACUGCUCAAUUCUCUGCCAUUUAGGAGUUAAAUCACUGUGUCAGCCAGGGAGGUGUGGCUAGGGCUGCAUAAACAGAACAAAAGGUGAUUUAACUCAUAAAUGACAGAUAACUGAGCAGUGAAACUUCAGAGACAAGAUCUACACACAGAAACUGCCUAAAUAAGCAGAUGUUUAACUUUAACUUAGAAUGCAAAAGAGAAAAGGCACUGUGUCAUUUAAAAACACAUCUCUUAAAUUAAAUAGAGUAUAACACCAAAUGAUUCACUAAAAUUAAGAUAGCAUAAUUUAGCACACUGAGGUGAUAAUUAUAUUUAUUAUUCACGGCCUUAGGACAACUGAAGUCUGCCCUGAGUGAAUAUAUUUCUAGACUUGGUGGAUUGAAGUUGAUAAGAAGUAAUAAGAGACUGGGGGCUUAUGGAGCCCGUAAACUGGGAGCUGCAAGAGCGACAGGGGAGGUCUUGGUCUUCAUGGAGUCCCACUGUGAGUGUCACAAAGGCUGGCUUGAACCCUUGCUGAACCGAAUACUGGAUAACAGGUGAGACCAUCUUCUAGUUAUCAAAUAGUAUCUACAAUAUACACCUGUACAUUAACAUCAUCUCAUCUCCUAUAAACAUUCAUGCAUGUCUUUCCAAGUACCGGUAGAUGAAGGGCAAAAUGAUUUUGGGAACAUGGUCAAUCCAUACCCAUGGUGGGAGUCGCCUUUUUGGGCCAAUAUUAUUGGUGCUGGGACUUCCUAUCUGCCUGUCAUUUUUCAAAAUUCUAGGUUAUUCAGUAAAGUGAGAAUACACAGUGAAUUUCAAUUUUAAAGCCAUAAUAGCUGAACGGAAAAAAAUCUCUAAGUCAACUAUGCAUCCAGUUCAGCUACUUUGGCCUUAAAGGAACACUAUAGUCACAAAAACAACUAAACUGCAUCCAAACAUUCAGUAGUUCCUCCCUCUGCAUGCAGACACUGAACUUUACUCAUAGAGAUUCAUUGAUUCAAUUCAUCUCUAUGAGGAGAUUCUGAUUGGCCAGGGCUGUGUUUGAAUCAUGCUGGCUCUGCCCCUGAUCUCCCUCUUUGUCAGUCUCAGCCAGUCCUAUGGGGAAACAUUGUGAUUGGAUCAGGCUACCACUUCUGAUGAUGUCAGCAGACAGCUUGUUUUUCUGAGACAAACAGCUUGCAGAUCUACAGCUUUAGGCUUGAAUACAGUAAGAUUUUGCUAUAUUUAUGGAGGCAGGGGGCUAGAUGGUUCUUUUAACACUACAGGUCAGGAAUACAUAUUUGUGUUCCUGACCCUAUAGUGAUCCUUUAAAUAUUCUGCUUAACCAAGGAGUUUGCUUUUUGGCUUCGCACACAUUAGAGUUCUGCACUUAUAAAAACCCAAUCCAAACCUGAAAUAGGCAUUAGCAUUCUCCUUCUCAUCUAUAACAUAACUCAAGUCAAGCCAAGUCUAAUAUAAAAUAUGUAUAAACAUAAUAUGAACAUUUAUUGCAAUUAUUAUUUUUUUAAUUCUAGAAAUCGAAUAGUCUCUCCAGUUCUAGACACUAUUAAUUGGAAGACAUAUGAGUAUUAUUACUCUGCUGACCUGCGACAAGGUGUAUUUGAUUGGAAUCUUGAUUUUCACUGGGUAACAUUACCAGAGCAUGAAGAGAAGGUACGCCAAUCUCCCAUCAUUCCGUUCAGGUAAUCUUUAAAUACUCACACAAAAAAUAAAGUUGUUGUGGCACUCACUUUCUUGACAUUGAGCCUUAAACUUUUAUUCCCCUAACAAAACAAAUUAAAAGAUUUGUGUCUGUCAGAGUGCCAAAACAAGUUUAUUUUGCGCACAGUUUUAGAAUACAGCUUACUGGGGCAUGGAAUAUACAUGGCGCAAGUGGUUUAAUAGCAGAUAUGAAGAAUGCAGGUUUUUGUAUGUGUUUUGCCUUUGAAAAUGGUGCUUUAAAUUGCCGCUACUUCCAGGAAAAAGAAAUGAUGUCAGAUGUCAAAUUAUUGUUAGUUUAAAAUAUGAGAAUUCUCAAAUCACAUGUCAAUUACAAGUAUACAUAAAUACCGUAUGUAAGGCUAACCGCAACCUAUGCGUACAACUGUUCUCAGUAUUAUUGAGGUGGAAAAUAUAUCCCACUUAGAUUUCCUAUUAAACAAAAGCUUAAAAUGAUUGACAUAUAUUGUACACUGAGUGUAGGAAACAUGAGGGACACCUGGUCUUUUCACAAAAAUAAAUGGACAAGGUUAAUCCAGGUGACAGCUCUGCUCCCUUAUUAAUGUAACCUGUCAAGUCCACUUCAGUCAAAUCACAUGAACGGGAGUAGAUAGGUUAAAUAGGGAUUCUUAACACUUGAUGCAACUAAGACAUGGGCUGGGUGUGUAAGUGGGAAAGGAAAAGCGGUUUGUGCUUUUAAAUGUUCUAUUUAUGUUUUCAUGCAAUGUAUGGUAAGAUAGUCCUUCUCACAGAAUUCAUUCAGUCGUUAGGAAAAAAUACAGAAUGUUAAGCAACAGACAUGAUUCUGUUAAAUAACUGACAAUUUGCAAAAGAUUGGGAGUCAUCUCAUAAUAUGUUGCUACAAAAUGUUAAUUUUGCUUCUAAGGAUGUUCCAUUUAAUUGAAAAAAACAAAAAACCCACACAAAACAAAAAACACACACAAACUCUGUUGCAAUGGACUACAGAACAAAACACUCCUAAACACUAAAAACAAAAUAAAUGUGUGAUCUGAUGAAUCCUUAAAGGGACACUAUUGUCACCAAAAUAACUUAAGCUUGAUGAAGCAUUUUGGUGUAUAUAUCAUGCAUUUAAAGUUUCACUGCUUAAUUAUCUGCCAUUUAGGAGUUAAAUCAAUUUGUUUCUGUUUAUGCAGCCCAAGCCACACCUCUCGUGGCUGUGACUGACCGCCUGCAUUAAAACAAAAUAGUUUCAUUUUCAAUUAGAUGUAACUUAUUUUAAAUUUUUUUUAAUCUCCUGCUCUGUAAAUUGAGCUUUAAUUACAUACAGGAGGCUCCUGCAGGGUCUGCCAUACUAUUAACAGAGGAGGAGAUAAGAAAUAUUUUCAAAUAAACAGAAUUUAGCAAUAAAUGAAGUUUAAACAUUAGAGGACUCUUUACAGGAAGUGAUUAGGAAGGCUGUGUAAGUCACAUACAGGGAGGUGUGCCAAGGGCUGCAUAAACAAAGUGAUUUAACUCAUAAAUGUCUUUCCCAGAAAUGUAUCAAACUGAUGCAUCCUUUUAUGAAUGUACAAUUUCUAAGCUGUGUGGUACAUCAACUGUCUUGGCGGGGCACAUUCCUGUACUCUAUCAGAGCAUCUCUACCAAUUCUGUUUCACUCAGAAUAUUUUGCUCCAAGCAGAAUAUCUCCCUGGUGCAGCAAACCCGACAGCAGACUGGUUCUCCAGACAUUGGAGGGAUGCUAUCAACCGGAGAUUGGACAGGUUGGUGUUCUGCAAAAUCUGCAGACUGCUGGGGCUGUUUCAUAUGGAUCGGUUUGUGUCCAAAACCAACUAUUAAAGCCUACAUUUCUUCAGUUGGCUUCCGCACCCAGAUUGUCUGGCAGUAGGUGCCUUUGUAUGGAUCUGACCUCAGCUAGGUGUUUACCCGUUCCAGGCUUUUGGCCCGAGUGAUCCACAAUCUGCAAGUACCCUAGGUAUCCAUCACACUGAUAACCUCCUUUUUGUAUGGUCAGCCUUGGUUUCUUGCAUACAGUGACCCUUUUCUGUUUCCAUCCUUUCCACUUCUCCUCACUGACCCACUAUGAAAAACCCAUCUGCUAGCAGAUGUGUUUUCCAUAGUGCCUUGGACUCUUUUAGGGAUUCGUGGAAUGUUGGAAACCUAUCGGGCAUAGCAAAGUCUCUUUUCUAGGACUACUAGGCACCAGAAGAUGCUAUCUUUCAUCUUGGAACUGCUGGUGUGGCUGGUGUAUGGAAAAGGGUAGUGAUCCCUUUAAAUCUCCUUUGUCAGUCAUACUAAAUUUUCUCCUGUGGCUUUUCCAACGCUAGAUUAUAUCUGUCUAUUAAUGUGGUUUGUUUGACCAUCUCGGUGGGUCAUGUUCUGAUAUAAGGUGUACCUGUCAGGAAAGAUCCUCUUGUUUGUCGUCUUAUGUGUGGUAUUCGGCUCUCUCAACUGCUGGAUCUAUAGUAUUCAACACUUUGGGAUCUUUCCAUAGUUCUUCGGAUUUUACAUGAUUGGCUGAGAAUGAUCUAUUAUCUCUCUGACAACUCUCUGACAGACACACUAUUUUACUUUGUUUGUUGUUGUCUCAGAUGUGCACACUUUUGAUCUUGCUAUUUCUCUGGGUGGUGUUACUUUUAAUGUUACUCGACUUACUAAGUCAAACUUAUCAACGUUUCUUUUUUUUUCACAAUUUUUUUUCGAGAAUACUUAAAUCUUCGCAGUUACACUUUAGCUACCAUUCCUCUUAGCAGUUCGCAAUCCGGACAACUACUGGUUUCUUAUGUUAAACCACAUAAGCAGGUCACAGUUAUGAUGUUAGCAUGUUAAAUUAAGCUAAUAGUACUCCAAAUCCAUGCCACAUAAACAUUUUCUGAUGUCAAUCUUAUAAAUGAAUAUGAUAAAAGAAUUAAAAUAAUGAUUGCAUUUUAUGCUACACACUUUUUGUGAAAGCAGUGUUGCUUUGUGGUCAUUUUUUCUCAGUAUAACUGUAACAUCACCCUGAUUCUGUAAUAUAUUUAUUACAGUGUAAAUAUUACAUCACUGUGGCUCUGUAAUAUCUUUAUUACAGGGUAUCUGUUGAUAUAACCCUUGUUUUUCAAUAUGUUUAUUAUGGUGUAACUGUGAUAUCAGCCUGAUUCUGUAACAUGUUUUUUGCAGAUUCUCUAUAGAUCACCAUGGGUUUGUAAUAUACUUAUUACAGUGUAACUGACAUUACCUUGGAUCUGCGAUAUGCAUUUUACAUUAUUACUGUAAAUCACCUUAUACUCUGUCAUAUGUUUAAUACAGUGCGACUUUGACAAACCCUUGAUUCUGUGAUAUGUUAAUUAUAGUGUAACUGUAAAUCACCCUGAUUCUGUAAUAUACUUAUUGCAGUGUAACUAACAUCAACUUGGCUCUGCAAUAUGUUUAUUAUAGUGUAACUGUGGCAUCAUCCUGGUUCUGUGAUAUGUUUUUUUCAUUGCAAUUGUGAAAUUACCCUGGUGCUUAUUACAGUGUAACUGUAACAAGAUAUUGGUAAUGCGACUGCCUUAGAACUGCAAAGCUUGGGUUUGGCUCUGAUCAGUCAGACAACCCUUGUAAGUGUCCCCUGGCAAAAUACCUAACUAUAUAUCUGUCUACCUCAAUCCUCAUGGAUUGUAAGCUUGUUUGAGCAGGGCCUUGUUCAAUAGACAUGUGCAAUUAAUUUCGGUCCGAAUUUAAAUUUGGACGACUUUCGGCAAUUCGGAUGCUUCCGAAUGUCCGAAUUGCUGAAUUUCCGAAAUGCCGAAUUUCAGAAGUGCCGAACCAAAUUGCUGAAGUCCCGAAUUGCCGAAGUGCCGAACCGAAUUGCCGAAAUACUGAAUUUCAGAAGUGCCGAAGUGCUUCGGAUUUCUGAAAAGUGGCAAAACAGGAGAGGGAGGGAAAAUUAAGGGAAUGAUGACAAGAACCUAACCCUAACCCUGGUAGGGUUAGUUUAGGGGUAGGGUUAAGGUUAAGUGUAGGAGUAGGGUUAGAGUUAGGAUUAGGGGUAGGGUUAGGGUUAGGAAAUUGCCGAAGUCCAGAAUUCCCGAACUGCCGAAUUGCAAAAGUCCCGAAUUUCGGAAGUGCUGAACCAAAGUGCCAAAGUGCUGUAUUGUCGAAUUCCCAAAUUGCCAAAGUCCCGAAUUUUGGAAGUGCCGAACCAAAUCGAAUUGCCCAUGCACAUCCCUAUUGUUCAAUAUCCCCUUUCAUAAAUUGUGAAACACUGCAGAAUAUUUUGGUGCCAUAUAAGUGAUGAUAAUAAUCACUCUGCAUUAUGUUAAUAGCAGUGUAAUUUUGAUAUCCAGGAGCAUUUCUUGAUUCCAGAGACACCAGGGUCUUGAGCCAAAAACAGACCUUGAUAACUGUAAAUUGUGGUAUGUAUGAGUGUAUCACACAGCUCCACAGAAAUAAAACUAGUAGCCGAAUGUAUGAGCAGAGGCACAACUACUGCACCAGCUGGUCUGCAGAGUGAAGGGGCCUAUCAGAUGGCCCCUGCACUUAGGGCCACCUGAUGGACAUUCGUAAUAUUACAGCACUGGGAGGAAGUAAUAGCUGGUCACUUCCUCCCAGCUAACACACAUCAAGCCACACAGGAGGGAAAGCAGGUGGUAGAGAGGAGGGGGAUGGACAGGGAGAACAAGCCCAUAACGCUCAACAGCCUCAGCCAGCAGAAGCCACUCUCCUGCAACUUAAAAGUAGGAAACUGGAGGGUGGCAAAAUGUUGAUUAGCAUAUAUGUCUGUAUGAGUGUCUUUGGUGUUUUUGUGUGUCUGUAUCUGUAUGUAUGUCAGUAUUUGUAUUUGUGUGUAUGUGUCAGUGUGUGUAUCGGUACGUCUGUGUAUCUGUAUGUGUGUCAGUGUUUGUAUCUGUGUCAGCAUGUGUGUCAGUAUAUGUAUCAUUGUGUUUGCAUCUGUGUGUCUGUGCAUCUGCAUGUGUGUCAGUGUUUGUAUUUGUGUGUCUGUAUAUCUGUAUGUGUGUCAUUGUUUGUAUCUGUGUGUCUGUGCAGCUGUAUGUGUGUCAAUGUUUGUAUCUGUAUCUGCAUGUGUGUCCAUUGUGGAUACCAUUGUGUCUGCAUGUUUGUCAUUGUUUGUAUAUGUGUGUCUGUGCAUCUGCAUGUGAGUCAGUGUUUGCAUUUGUGUAUCUGUAUGUGUGUCAUUGUUUGUAUCUGCGUGUCUGCAUGUUUGCCAGUGUUUGUAUCUGUGUGUCUAAAAGCAGAAGUGAACUUGAUGGUUGGAGUAACCCUUUAAGAAAUAUGAAGCAUAAUACUUUCAGUGAUAAAUUCUUAGUACAUUAUUUUUAAAUCUUUUUUCUGUCUGUCUCUUUUGUCCCUGGUCUGUAUUUUUUACCCCAAGCCCAUUUAUGUUUCUUUUGCCCCUUCCAUAGCCCCUGUCCGUUUCUUUUGCCCCUUUACCAGCCCCUCUCUGUCUCUUUGUUCCGCCAGUCCCUCUGUAUAUCACUUUCUCCCCACAGCCCCUUUAGUGUCCCUCUUGUCCAUUGCGACCAACCAUUAGACACAUACCUGUCAUCCAUUCUGCCCCCCCCCCCCCCCCCUCCACCAGCCCUUGUCUGUCUCUCUAAGCACACAUACACAAACACUCUAUAUGUGUGUAUAUAUAGAACAAUUUUUAUCAUAUGUAAAUGGUCAAGUUUUUUCCCUUUGGUUUGGAAGAGGAUAUUGGGGGUGCUUGAGAAUUAUGUGUCUAUAGACACUCAUGAUAUAGAAUCAGCCCUACACUUGGGUGUCUAGCCCCUAAAGUCCAUCCCUAGUUCAUCUAAUCAUCCCAGUUCUGCAAUACUUUAGUCAUCAAGCUAUUCCAGGAAAUUUGGUCUGUUGUAGAAAGCUUUAAUGCCCUUGAGUUCAUACAAAUCAGGAUGACACCCUCAUUUUAAGGCAUCAUUAAUUCAUCCGUUUAUACUUCUAAUUCUGAUUUCAUAGCUCCCAAUAUUAGGAUUCUAGAAGUUAUAAUUGCUUACUUGAGUGAUAAUAUUUAAAAAGAUUCUAGACCCUUCAUUUUACUCAAAAUAACCCUGAUUAAUGCACAUAACGGGACACUACAGACACCCAGACCACUUCAGCUUAUUGAAGUGGUCUGGGUACAAUGCCCCUAUUGCCCUUAGUGCUGUAAUGUUAAACAUUGCAGUUCCAAAGAAACUGCAAUGUUUACAUUGUAGCACUAAGUCUGCCUCCAGUGACUGUCUCCCAGACAGCCACUGGAGGUGCAUCCAGUAUCCAAACGGACCUUUGGUCCGUUAUCCGACUGUGGACUUCCUCACGCUCUUCGUGAGGACAUCCAGUGUCAGAUUUUUCCCCAUAGGAAAGCAUUGAUUCAAUGCUUAUUAAGGGGAAGUCUAAUGCGUGCACGGCAAAUCUGCCACGCAUGCGCAUUAGUGCCCGCUCGUUGCAGGAUGGAGGAGGAGGCAGAGCUCUGACCCAGCCCCAAGAGACAUCGGUGCUGGCAUAAGGUAAUUAAAUAGAGGGUUUGUAACCCUUUAUUUACCGUGGUGGAGGGCACGAGGGAGCGGGGAGGCAGAGGGAACUACAGUGAGAGGGGUACAGCUUUGUAUUUAAUACAAUACCUUCAAUAAUUUUUAAAUUGCAUAAAAAUGUGAGUGUAGCUAGAAAAAACAAAUUAGGAUAUUAUUAUUAAUCACUACUAUUCUGCAUUUAGCGGAUUGCAUUCAAGCUUUUUUUCAUGUAUUUUACAAUUAAUAUAUACACUAUCUUUAACAAGAGAUAUUGCUUUAUUUCCAUAUAGAAGUCCAAUAAUAUCGGGGCACGUUGUGGCAAUUGAUCGUCAUUACUUUCAAAAUAUUGGAGGAUUUGAUACAGGCAUCAACUUCUGGGGGGUUGAAAACUUGGAGCUGUCUAUUCGGGUAAGAUAUAAUUACUAUCACAAAUAUUUUCAUUACAUUACAAUUCAUAACAGCAACUACAUGGAGAAAGUAAAGAUAACUCAAUUAUUGAAACUAAAUAUUAAAACAAGUACUGCCUCACACAAAUCACUUAUAUUCUGUUGGUCUACCACCAGACUGAGGUAUUAGAAUUUGGGGGUUUGGGUGACACUGGACGUCCCCAUGCAUAGCGGAAGUCCCUCUAGUGGCUGUCUGAAAGACAGUCACUAGAGGUGGAGUUAACCCACCAAGUUAAUUAUUGCAGUCUUUUAAAAACUGCAAUAAUUAGCCUUGUUGGGUUAAGGGACCUGGGACAGUGUACCUAUUCCACUUCAAUGAACUGAAGUGGUCUGGGUGCCUAUAGUGUCCCUUUAAUCAUACUAUAUAUAAAAUAUACCAAUAAAAAAUUAAUAAGAUUUGUAUCUAAAUUAGUAUUCUAUUAAUAAUUGGCAUAGUAAAAAAAGAGGAAGUCUAUUAGACAUGUGCAUUCGUUAUCGGACGAAUAUGAUUUAGUCCGCAUUUUCAGAAUUUUUCGUAUUUGUUUACUAUAACAUAAACGAAAGUCCUACAUACAAAUUAUAUAUGAAACGAAAAAGGCAAAUGCCAAAUGCAUUACCUUUUCAUUUCAGUUCUUUCGUUUAAUAGAUUACAUGCUGCAGGAGAAUUAACCCCCAAAGCACUGAGGAGAAACAAAAAAACCUGGAUCUCCCUGCAGCAGGAGACGUAAAGCAGCACUGUCAUGCUGCUCUUACCUUUCCCCAAUCACUUCCUCUUCUCUCCCUCUCUCAGGAUCCGUUCUUCAUUUCUUCCUGUCUGCUCUAGGUUUCUUAAAAACAUAAGACAAAGUAGGGACUAUUAUGUAUUUUUCCUACGCUUGACCAGUUUUGACCUAGGGAAGGAGCAAAGUCUGCUUCUUUCCUGUGGUCAAAGCAAUUUUCCCAUAAUACUCACCUUCCUCCUGCUGCUUAAUUCGGCAUUCGAAUUUCGUCCUAACAGAAUGAAAACAGUUUGACCAUUUGUAUAAGAAUGAAAUUCAGGAGUUUUUGUUCGGAUCGGAAUUUCAUUUGAAUUUGUCUUUCAGACAAAUUUACUAAUAUUAAGUAAAGAUUACUUAGUAUUAGUAGUUAAGGGAAAUUAAAAUCUCCCUUCUGCCCCUACUCGCUAUACCACGAGUAGGGGCAUGUCUACUAAACAGUGAGCAGCCAGUGGCUGCACACUGUUGUAAAAAAAGACCCCCCAACAUUCUAAUAAAGUGCCCCUUUAGUAGGGCACCUUUAAAAAAUAAUCCAUGGGGGCCCACCACUCAUGCACCUAGUAUCCCCCCUCGUCCCCCACGCAUGAGCAGCAGUUGUGGCCCCUAACAUACAAUAUGGGGUGGACCAACUGCCUCCACCCCUACCCCUACCCAUGAGCCCUAGUAAAAAUAGGGGGGGAAGGACCUAUUUCCCCCCCAAGCUCCCAUGUGUGGGGGCUGGGGGGAAGCAGUAGGUCCCUCCUCAUUGUACGUGAGGGUCCCCAUCCGAUGCUCAUGGGUAGGGGCCGGGGGGGACAAUAGGUUCUUCCCCCUCCUAUUUUCACUAGAGCUCCCACCUGCGGCUCAUGGGUGGGGACUGGGGGGACAGACAAUAGGUCCCCCCCUAUUUUUUACUAGAGCCCCAGUGUGUGUGCCCAUUGUAUGUGAGGGCCCCCACCCGCCGCUCCUGGGUGGAGGCCGAGGGGGGGAACUAGGUCCCCCGUUUAGUGGCCCCCACUCGGGGGUCCCUAUGAAUUAGUUUUAAAGGUGCCCCACUAAGGGGCACUUUAUUAGAAUGUUGAGGGGUCUUUUUUUAAACCCGGCUGCUCACUGUUUAGUAGACAUUCCCCUACUCGCGGUAUAGCGAGUAGGGGCAGAAGGGAGAUUAUUUUCUCCCUUAAUUACUAAUACUAAGUAAUCUUUACUGAGUAUUAGUACAUUUGGCUGAAAGACCAAUUUAGUUCUUUCAGCCUUUUAGUAGAUAGCUCCCCAAUACCGUGGGAAUUAGGGAGCUAUCUACUCGUGGCACGAAUAGGAUUGGAAUUUCAUUAAUUCGAAUGAAAUUCCCAUCCGAACAAAAACUCCCGAAUGGACAAACUGUUCUCAUUCUGUUAGAAAAAAAUUCGGUAGUUUUGCUGGCGUUCAAACGCCGAAUGAAGCAGCAGGAGCGCAAGUAGGGGCAUGCGGGAUUUAACCCUUUUUUAAAUUUAAUAUGGGGGUCAUAGUGACCCCCGUAGGUUUUAAUGUGGGGGGGCAGGGAGGGUGGGGGAGGAAUUGUUAAUAUUUAUUACAACGAGGGAGCUGGUGCUGGCGCUCUCCUUGCUUUUUUUUUUGCGCAUGCACAGUGUUUUUUUUCGUCCUAAUGGGCGAAAACAAAUUCUUUUUUACUGAAUUUCGUCCGAAAACAAAUGUUUUACGGAUAAAAUUCAGAAUGGACAAUUGCCAUUUUUAUUUAGUAUGAAUUCAUUCCUACUAAUUCAUUCAUUCCUAGGAUUUAACCUUUCUUUUAUUAAUAUGGGGGUCAUAGUGACCCCCAUAGGUUUUAAUGCGGGGGGGGGGAAAGGGGGAGAGGAAUUGUUAAUAUUUAUUACAACGAGGGAGCUGGUGCUGGCUCUCUCCUUGCUUUUUUUUUUUUGCGCAUGCACAGUGUUAUUGUCGUCCUAAUGGGCAAAAACAAAUUAUUUUGUACUGAAUUUCGUCCGAAAACAAAUGUUUUAUGGACGAAAUUCGGAAUGGACGAAUGACAAUUUUAUUUAGUAUGAAUUAAUUCCUACAAAACGAAAAUGUCACUGGUGCAUAUGUCUAGAAUCUAUAGCACUAACUGUAUUAUUAUAAAAACUACAAGGGUGAUUAACUAACUUUCCUAAUCAAACUGGAAUUAAUUCAUUGCUCAUUUAAUACCAGUAGGGGUCGCCACUACUAUUAGACACUUCCACCCAAAUACAAAUAGAAGGGUAGCAGUUAUAAGGUUAGAAAAGUAGGUUACAACUACCUCAAUGAUAAGCAUUGAUGCUCACGUCUUUUCGAAACACUACACAAAGUGCAGAAAUAAAGUCACAGAAAGAGGCAAGUGAAGACUCAAAAGGCUGUUCACUGAGGUUCCUAAUCUGAAUAAAUUGCUACCUCAUCUCUAAGUAUUUUCCAGCCAGCCAGUGUUUCAUAGUGAAAGAAUAGUGGAAAGUUUAAAAUAAGAUGGCAAGUAGCUAAGAUGAACAUCAGUCAAGUAGAAUAGCUUGACGCUCAUUUCACCCAUGGCUCCUGAUCCCUCCAUAGAUAGAGCCAACUGGUGAUGGCUGGGGGAUUGACACUUCUUGAAGGCAGUAGCUCUGCCCAGUGUCUAGAAGUGUCAGGCAUAGGAGAAAUACUGAGACAAAGUAGUCCUUACUUUGUCUCAUUGUAUCUUUUGACUAGAUUGGAAUUUUACUGAAAUUCUAACACAGUCGAUAUAAGUAUUUCAUAAAGAUUCUGUCUUUAUGAAAUAUUCAUUUUGAAUGGGGCGGUUGCAGUGCCUCUUUAACGAUUUUGGUGGAAGUAAUUAGAGGGGAGCCUUAUGGUAGUGGCGACCCCUACUGCUACUAAACAAGCAAUGCAUUCAUUCCAAUCUGAUUAGGAAAGUUAGUUGAUCAAGAUCAUAGGUUUUAUAAUCAGAUAUUUAGUGCUGUAGACUCCCUUCUGGGUAUUUACUAUACUGAUUAUUAACUGAAUACUAAUCGUAUUCAUUAUUUAUUGGUAUGAUUGAUAAAAGUUACGUUUUAUUCAUAACAGAACCACAUCCAAUUUGCAUUAUUUACAUAUUGAACAAGUGCAAUGUUACUGUGACACACAGUGUUUUAAAGACUGAUACUACCAAUAUUGGAUGCCCUAUGGUUAUGAGAAUAUCUUUUUAUUGCAGAAUGUCCAUACCUUGUAUCCACAGUCUCUAUAUUUUGUUAAAUAAUCCAUAUGUCAAAGCACCAUGACAAUUAAUGUUCCUUGCAUUGAUUAUGGAUGACCCCAAUAGCUAAUUUUGAAUGUUUUCACUUUAGCUACUUUGGCCUAAAAUUUGAAAUUCACUUUGAAAUCCGACAGAUCGCACUUCAGAGAAUAAUUCUGUCUGGCACAUUCAUUAAUCCCUUAAGAACCAAGAUCCGAUGCAUUUGUGACCAAGGCCAUUUUGGCAUUUUUGCCAUGUGUUCAUUCUACCACAAUUUUACCCUUUCUGUUUAAGUGUGCCCAUACAUUCACAGACUGUUGGUGCUACAGCGUCAGAUUUUCCCCAUAGGAAAGCAUUGAAUAAUGCUUUGUUUGUUUUCCUGGCACUAUAGGAUCCCUUUAACAGAAGUGACCAUCAAUUGAGACUGAAACUAUCAGAAUCAGCUCAGUCCUUAGAAUCCUAGCCCCAGACCUGCAAAGUGGAUCUUCACAGCUUUUCAGCUAACCACAGCUUGAGUGUCUCAGGUCUCAGCUACAGAGUGACCGAGCACAUUUGAUAUGGUUUUGUUUUUUUAAAGGAGAAACAUGGCUUUUAUAGCCUAUUUAUAUAAUUAAAGGAGCACUAUAGGGUCAGGAACACAAACAUGUAUUCCUGACCCUAUAGGGUUAUAACCACCAUCUAGCCCCCUUUGCCUCCUUAAAUAUAGUAAAAUCUUACUUGUAUUCAAGUUUAAAGCUGCUGCCUCUGCCUGAUCCAAUCACAAUGCUUCCCCAUAGGAUUGUCUGAGACUGACAAAGAGGCAGAUCAGGGGCAGAGCCAGCACAAUUCAAACACAGCCCUGGCCAAUCAGCAUCUCCUCAUAGAGAUGAAUCUCUAUGAGGAAAGUUCAGUGUCUGCAUGCAGAGGGAGGAGAUACUGAAUGUUUGGAUGCAUUUUAGGCAGCCAUGACCCAGGAAGGAUCUCUAACAACCAUCUAAGGAGUGGCCAGUGAAGUUAUCACUAGGCUGUAAUGUAAAUACUGCAUUUUCUCUGAAAAUACCAUGUUUACAGCAAAAGGCCUGAAGGUAAUGAUUCUACUCACCAGAACAAAUUCAAUAAGCUGUAGUUGUUCUGGUGACUAUAGUGUCCCUUUAACACAACAUUAAAUGAAAUUAAUAAAAUAUUAUUUUUUUAAAAAUGUAAAACAAUGAAAACAUGUACAUUUUCUGUGUUGCAUUUAAUAAUAUCUACACAACAAGUGUAAAGAAAUCUCACUCAGAAUAGAUUCACUAAUUAGUGUUGAUUGUUAUACUGUCCAAUAUGACUAGGAUUUCAAUUACAUUUUAAAAGUUAGUUUUUAGAAGUUAUGAAACAAUGUUUUUAGAAGUUAUAAAACAAGGAGUGAAUUAUGGCUUGAAAGCUAAACCUUUGCAAAAUUUGGCAUUCCGAGAUUACAAUUUUAAUAGUCACAGAAUCCAAAACCACUACAUAAAUGUAUAUAUUUGUAGAAAGUACGUCUCCUAUUUAAAAAGAGCAUUUUGACACUUUACAUCUAACCAUUUUAUCACCAACUUUGGCCAGAUAUGCUGGUUAUAUUUAUUUUUGUGCGUUUUUUACACCUUAUGUCUUAUUUUCAUGGGGAAACUCACAGACCACCUGUGUUCUAUUACUGUCAAGACCCCAUAUUUGUAUUUUGGCUACUGUUCUUGAUUACAGUGGUACCCCACAUGUAUACCUUAGCCCCUAAUCAAACCCCAAAUUCUACCCCUAAUCAUACAGAUAAUCCAAUGCCUAACCCAGCCCCCAAUCCAAUCCAACCCAUAACCCCACGCCAUUCAUAUUGGGCAAUUUAACAAAACGUACUGACAUCAGCGGAGGGAUUUCCCAGAUAAUACAGUACAGAGUGCUUUGGGAGGGUUCUGUAUUGUGUAAUUGCUAUAUUUUGUCCCUGAUGAUCACACCGUGAUUGGUACUGGGCAGCUGGCAACGCGCCUAUCACUGUCAGCAAGGGUGCAUGCAGGAAUACCUUACUGGGGUCUUUUCAGACUAAAUAACAAAUGUACACGAAGUAGACUGUGCUAAAGACACACCCGCAAAAUAGCCAGAGAAAACAGUAAAAUAUAAAACUGUUGAUAACUCUUAAAUCCUUAUGGGAAAAACGCUUGGCAAGGAAGAUCCUGUCAUAAGAAUACUGAGAAAAAGUAGUUGGCUUUAAACAAAAAAAUAUACGCCAUAGAAGUAAACUCCAUGAAGAUAAUAUAAAACAUUAAUUGUCAUUCACAAAAGAUGUACAAACAUAGAAAGAAUCAUCACAGGGGGACAACACAAAUAUACUUAUUUUAUACACAGAACUGGAUACACCACAGAGAUACACAUACAACAAAGAUAAAACAUGGAGCUUGGCACAAUAAGGAGAUACCAUUCACAUAGCCAGUCAAUACAGAGAUACCUACACAGUACAAUGUAAUGUUCCAGUGCUUCUAUCUAACUCUAGCUCUCUAGCCCUCUCCCCUUUUGCUUCCUAGUAGAUGUGAAACAUCAGCUACUCCUGAAUCACUAUUAGCACCCAUCGCACAGUGAACACAGGGUUAAUGCAGCAAGUGGCAAUGUGAUCAAUCGUCAGUGGUAAAAAUGAGCCAAGAAGUGCCUAUUAAAGGGACACUGUAGGUACCCAGACCACUUCAGCUAAUUGAAGUAGUGUGGGUGCUGUGACCCUUUUGCACUUAGUGCUGCAAUGUACAACAUUGCAGUUCCAGAGAAUGUUUACAUUGCAGCUCUAAGUCUGCCCUCUGUGGCUGUCUAACAGACAGCCACUAGAUGGCUUCUGGAAUCCAAACAGACUUUUGGUCCUUUAUCUGAUGCUGGACGUCCUCAUUGACCUCCAGUGUCAGAUUUUCCCCAUAGGAAAGCAUUGAAUAAUGCUUUGUUUGUUUUCCUGGCACUAUAGGAUCCCUUUAAUAGAAGUGACCAUCAGUUGAGACUGAAACUAUCAGAAUCAGCUCAGUCCUAGCCCCAGACCUGCAAAGUGGAUCUUCACAGCUUUUCAGCUAACCACAGCUUGAGUGUCUCAGGUCUCAGCUACAGAGUGACUGAGCACACUUAAGAAGAUUGUAGGCACUGGGCAGCUGAGCUUACACUAUUCACAUGGAUAUCAACAGUCCUGAAUUUGCCAUGACAGUUUAAGAAUGUAAAUUCUCUUGUUUAAUAUGACAUCAGGCAGACACUAAAGAUUCUUUCUUAGGCAUGUUCAAAACUUGCUGGAAAAAAAAAAGAUUUAAAAUCUGUCCUUUUUUGGCAUGCCUAGCUGUUCUCAAGAAUGUUUCUUCACACAGCCACCUAUUCGGGGCAGGCGCCCUGCAGUACUGAAACAGAAUUAAAGACACACAGAUUUAUUUAUUUAUUUACACACACAGGCAGGCAUUGGCUGGAGCAUGGCAAUCUACUUUUUGUCCCAUAUUUUUUAGCUUAGUCCCCCACCCCUUAGGAAAUCUUAGUGGUUGUAUUUUCCCCCAAGUGUCCCUAUUGACAAGCCUCCACUGUCCACUAUAAUACAAUAAAGAGAAAUAUAUUUAAAAUCCCCUGAUACCAUUCUACAAGAUUUGCUUGUUGCAUGGCAGGAUAUUUAAUUGCAUAAAUUAAUCUUAUGUUACUUCUUACAAAUUAAAUCAGGUCUGUCCAUUGUUGAAAUGGGUAUAGCUUGGACAGAGUAUAGCCUGGUCAGACCCUACACAGUUUAGCCCCCCUUCAUUCUUCACAUCGGAAUGGUAAAUGGGAUCUAGCAAAUUCAUGGUUCUGGGGGCCCUGUCUAACUUGUGGACCCUAGAUGGCGACCUAUGGUUGCCUUAUGGUUAAUCCCACUUUACUGGCUGUGUGGAGUGAUUGGAAAUGUCAUUCUGCAGCCAGCAUUCAGAAUAGACAACAGAUAGACAACGCAAAGAGAUGGAUGCAUGCUUUGCUGUCUGUGAUGCGUGGUACCCUCUUCAUUACUCUUCUUUCCUUCGCUUUGAUGCAGAUGCUCUUAAGCAUCACAUACAGACGAGAAGAAAAGUAGGAAGACAUAGACAUGCUGCUUGAGAAAACAAAAAAUACUCACCCCAAAUGAAUUUGCUCAGUGUCACAUCUGUUAUUAGAGUCUGUCCAGAAGUAGGUUUGCUGGGUGAAUGCAAUUUGGUUUGUCUUUCUACUGGACUUAAGCCUUUAAGGUCUGUAUAGAGCCAGUGGCUAGAGUCGCCCUAUGGUGGUGUCACCUGUGUCCAAAACGUGACACCAGCAGAAGUAUAAACAAAUCAUAUGUUUAUAUCAAUGUUAAAUCCUUUCUGACUUACACUUGAAUAUAAAAUGUACUUUUACCCACUAGCUUAUCUCACGAGAAUCUGAGUAAUUCCAGAAUGAUUUAGGCCCUUACCAUGAUCUGGUCAUCCUAGUUUACAUUCGUAACUUAAAAAGGUGUUCCAUCCAUACUUUCAAAAAUAUAAGUAUGGGUUAUAAAAGCAGAAACAGAUGUCUUGACAGUUACUUUUUUUUCUUCUUUUUCUUUAAGCCUGUUGAUUAUUGUUGCUCCAAUUGACAGUAUUUAAAGCCUACUGUCUAUUGGAUGGUAAAUAAGUGUCGAUAAAACUCAAUAAAUUUGGCUUACAAAAAAAAAAAAACAUGCACUUUUAAAAUAUGUUUCGCUUUUACAGGUCUGGCUAUGUGGUGGUUUAGUUGAAAUCAUUCCAUGCUCUCGAGUUGGCCACAUAUAUCAAAAUAAUUCCACGUCCAAUACCCUUCCAAAUGAGGCCGUACUAAGGAAUAAAAUUCGAAUUGCUGAAGUAUGGAUGGACUCAUAUAAGGACAUUUUCUAUCAGCACGUUGGAAAAGAAUUACCAAUAACAAAGGUAUGACAUAUCAAAUGACUUCAGUACCAGCCAAAUUUAUGAAUAGGAUCUAAAUACAGCAUCAUUAGCCAUACCUUACUGAUGCAAUCUACAAGGGGUUUUGGUGUGUAUUAUGUAAACUAUGCUUCCGGCGCUUUUUGACGUUCCUUUUUCUCUUUGGUUUCAGAUUGAAAAGGCUGAAAUUAAUGAGCGUGAACAGCUGAGGCUAAGAUUGGGCUGCAAAGAAUUCCAGUGGUUUUUAGAUAACAUCCAUCCAGGAAUAAACACUACUCUUUCCGUGCUGGGAUCCUCUGGACAAGUAACGCUGUUUUUUAUUUGAUAUAUUGAGGGUAAAUGAAAUCAGUUGUCUAGUGGAAUGAAUAGCUUACUAAAAGUAUUUUUUUUUUUAAUAGUUACAAAUAGAUAAAUAACUUACAAAGUCAUAUUUGUUAAAGCGGGCUGUGCAAAAAGAAAAUCAAAGCUAAAAUAACGUUUGCAUAAAAUAUAUAGUUAAAUAUAUUACAAAAUCGAAUUCAAAAUGUUAGCAAAUCAAAAUAUACGGUAAUUAUGCAAAUGGUACUUAGAUUGCUGCAGGGAAUUGGCUCUGUCAAUGGAGGAUCCCAGUCUUGCGGGAUCCUCCAUAGACCUCAGUUCUGUACUAUUGAGCAUGCGUGAGAUUACAGAAGUGACGCCGGAGCUGAAGAGAACUCAUCGGAACAAGAUGGGGCAGCCGAAAGGGACAGGUAAAGAUAAGUAAAUAUCACCUUUAGCAACCCCUCCCCCUCUGCCACCGUAACCUCAGCAGCAAUGUCACCGUCAGGGGUCUUUGCAAACUUGCCUUUUACAUAUUACAUGACUGCUGACCCAUAUUCCAUCCCCACCGCUGCCCCCAAAUAAUACACUGGACACCUUUUAGUGGAUAAGGGCAACGGCCACAGCUUUAUUAAACAGUAAACUUAAUUGUUAAUUCCUGCCAGCUGUUGGGUGAGGACCCAACAGGCAGUUCACCUCCUUUGUUGUCCAUGAGCCCAACACAGCCGUCGCUAGCCAUCAGCCUUGCGCCGACUGUCGUCUCCCCAAUGUGACCUUGCGUCAUAGUCCUUUCCUUUUCGAUUCCGCUGUCCAGGGAAAACCGCCAGCUGUGACAAUGAGAAAAACAACACGAAAAAACCACCAACACCACAAACAAACAAAAAACCAGGGAGGGAGGCUGGGAAAUUCAACCAGGGUAAUGACAAUCUCCUUCUGACUGGUAAGUGUCCUCCCCUGCUACCCCCCUUAUAAAUCCUUCCAUCUUUGCAACAUUGUUGCUACCAUUGUACCAUCCCACUAUCCUGGGCAGCAGUCAUGCUCCCCCUUCCCUAUUCUGUCCAGGGGGACACUUGACUGCUGACCCAUAUUCCAUCCCCACCGUUGCCCCCAAAUAAUACACUGGACACCUUUUAGUGGAUAAAGGCAACGGCCACAGCUUUAUUAAACAGUAAACUUAAUUGUUAAUUCCUGCCAGCUGUUGGGUGAGGACCCAACAGGCAGUUCACCUCCUUUGUUGUCCAUGAGUCCAACACAGCCGUCGCUAGCCAUCAGCCUUGCGCCGACUGUCGUCUCCCCAAUGUGACCUUGCGUCAUAGUCCUUUCCUUUUCGAUUCCGCUGUCCAGGGAAAACCGCCACCGCGAAGCCGACCUGCCGCCGCCUGACCUGCGCCGGCUUCGCGCCCCCUCGCAGACAGCGCCAUCUCAAUGCCCGACUGCAGCCCCACAUUAAAAAUGUCCAGCCCAAUGGGAUUCAAAUGAACCCCAUCCGGACGCAUGACAUCUGAAUUAUUCCCCUCCAACUCAAAGUGCCGUACCACUAUUCCACCCAAACUACGCACAAAGCGCGAAAUAGCAACAUUAAUCUUGCGCCUACAACGUUCAAACGCCUUCCCAUAACCACCCACUUGCCACACUGGACGGGGCACUAUCUCUGACCAAAUCAACGUCAAGUCACGAAAAAGCGCAAAACAGUGCGCUAGAUCAUGACGCAUGUCGUGAAUGAGAUCCACCGACCGCCGUCGGCCAACAUCAUUCCCGCCUGUGUGCAAUAUCAGCGUCACGGGUCAGCUGCAUAACGAGGAACUUGGCCUACAAAACAAGGAAUAACGGUUAGACUUAAUUGUGUACAGAGGCAUACCAUCACAGCAAAUGAGGGCGCACGUAAAGCUGAAAUCGCCCCGACUCCCAGCGCCCCAGGCGCAUAAGCUCCUCCUUCGGAAAACCCAGUUCGCUCGCCUGUGUUGCCGCUCCAAUUCUAAAUGAAUCCGUGGAGUAUAACCUGGGGUCCCCCCCCAAUCUAACAAUACAACUCCGCAAGAGGCUCGCAAAUUGAAAACGGCUCAGGGAGGCCCCAUUAGAAUGGACCAGCAGCGAGCCUUCAGCGCCGCCCCUGGCGCCCAAGUAUGCCCGCACCAAGUACCCCGGACAAAAUACACCCCCAGUGAGCCCUAUACGGACUCUCGCUCCCGUACCCGCUUGAUCCGUCUUGGACCGACGAAUCAACAGCGUAACGCAGUCUGGUGUCACUGAUACGUCGGAAAGCCUAAGGGGUGACACUGAACUCAACCUGGGGGCAACCAGCUCACCGAUACGCAGCGCCCCAAAGAAGCACAAGGAGAAUGCCACCCGAAACAAAAGUACCUCAUACGCAGAGCUACACACAUCUGGAAGAACUUCCAACAGCUGGAACAGCAUGUCCCCCGAGAUCGGUCGCCGUUUGUCAGGAACGCGGCGCUUUUUCCACCCUUUCAAAAUACGGGAAACGCAGAAAGCCUUGGUGACAUCCGACCAUCCUAAAAAAUGAAAUAAAAAAGAGAGAGCAGCCAGCGAUUGCUCAGCUGCUGCAGACGACCUACCUCCGGCACACAAAGACUCCAGGAAUGACAGCGUAAGGGUCAAUCUGCCGGAGUCUGACGCCACAUCCCCGUUCCUACCCAUGGCCCACCAGCGAUCCCAUACCGCGGAGUAUGCCUUCCACGAAGACUCCGAUAAGGACCCUCGGAUCAAUCGCCUCAGAUGUCCAAAACCAGGUCCCACAAGUAAGGCGGACACGGGGUUCCCGUCGGCGCCGCCUCCGGAGCCGCCUCCUGAAAACGGUCCCACUGAAACCGAGAAAGAGAGUCAGCAAUGACAUUGUCCACCCCGGGAACAUGCCAAGUUACCAACCACAAAUUACAUUGAAGACAGAGUAGCACUAGACGCCUGAGCAAUGCCAAAACCGGAGGGGACCCAGACGUGGAACGAUUGAUCACCUGGACCACACUCAUGUUGUCCGUGUGAACAAUCACCUUCCUGUGCGCCAAGCCCGAACCCCAUAAUUCUACAGCAACCACAAUGGGAAACAAUUCAAGAAACGCCAGGUUACCCAUCAGCUCCGAACCUCGCCAGGUGGACGGCCACUCCGCCGCGCACCACUUUCCCCGAAAAUAGGCUCCAAACCCUAUGGACCCCGAUGCGUCAGUAAACAGGUCCAAUUCACCGUUCGACACCUCCGAGCGCAACCAACAAGAAUGACCAUUGUACGUACCUAAAAAGGCGCUCCACACCUGUAAGUCCGACCGCAGUCGACUUGUAAUCCGGAUAAAGUGAAAUGGCUGUUUAACCCCCACUGUAGCCAGGGACAAGCGACGACAGAACGCUCGGCCCAUAGACAAAACACGGCAAGCAAAGUUCAGAUGACCCAAAAGCGAUUGCAUUAGCUGCAGCUGAACUUUGUUGGAGCCCUUGACUCGGUCAAUAAGGCAGAGUAACUGACCCAGCUUGUCCUCUGGUAAUCGAAAGACCAUCUCACAAGAGUCAAUCUCGAUCCCCAAGUAAGACAACUUACCCACCGGUCCGAACGUCUUGUCUAUCGCCACCGGGACACCAAAUUCUGAUGUAAUCUGCCGAAAUGCCGACAACAAAACCGCACAGUCGUUGCAAUCACCAGACCCGACAAACAAAAAAUCAUCCAGGUAGUGGGUCAACGAGGACAAACCCGACACCUGAGACACGACCCAUUCCAAGAAUGUCGCAAACAUCUCGAAAUAGGAGCAGGAUAUGGCACACCCCAUGAGCAAACACAUAUCAUAAUAAAACAAACCAUUAAAUUGACAACCCAGAAGAUGGAAACAGUCCGGGUGAACCGGAAGCAAACGAAAAGCCGACUCGAUGUCCGAUUUUGCAAGCAAUGCCCCUGACCCUGCGUCUCUCACUAACUCCAGGGUCCUGUCAAAGGAAGCAUAACGCACCCUGGACACUUCUUUAUCAAUAUCAUCAUUCACCGACCCGCCUGAUGGGUAGGACAGGUGGUGAAUGAGACGAAGACCCCAGGCUCUUUCUUAGGGACCAAGCCCAGGGGGGACACUCGCAGGUUAGGAAAUGGGGGCUCAGAAAACGGUCCCGCCAUGCGGUCCAAGGACACUUCCUUGUACAAUUUUUGCUCAAGAAUAUCCUCCCUACCCAAAACCGAAUGUAAAUUGACCGCAAACGACUGCGCCUCAGAAAAAACAAACGGAAUCCAAAAACCAAAUAAAAACCCGUCUAAUAAAAUACCGGCUUCUCGCCGUUUAGGAUACCGGUCUAGCCACGGGCGCAUCCUUUCGACGCUCACCGGCGUCCUCCUGUCUAGGAACGUCAUCCUUGGGGCGCACCCCCGCCUUUCCUUUCUUGAAACAGCGUAGAGCGGGAUGUGCUCCGCCACAGUGCGAACACUCAUGCCGGAACCUGCAUGAGUUGUACCACUUACAGUGGGACUCAUUAAAGAGCCAACAGACUCCCCUGCGCUGCCCCGCCGGCGCACUAGCCAGCGCGCCGGCUGUCCCUGGAAAGGGGGAGGGCCGGCAAGGCGUCAUCAACAGCAGCCAUAAGCUGCCAUCCUGUACACCAAAAUCCAUGCCCUCGCUAACCGCCAUCUUCUGCCGAAACUGCUGGUCGUAUCGGUACCAGCAUAUUCAACCAGGGUAAUGACAAUCUCCUUCUGACUGGUAAGUCUCCUCCCCUGCUACCCCCUUAUAAAUCCUUCCAUCUUUGCAACAUUGUUGCUACCAUUGUACCAUCCCACUAUCCUGGGCAGCAGUCAUGCUCCCCCUUCCCUAUUCUGUCCAGGGGGACACUUUACAUGGUUAUAUAGUUUAACCUUUCUCACAUCUAUUUUUACUGUUGAUCCAAAAAAGGCAAAAAACCCAAUUUAAAGCCCUUUCCUAUUUUGCAACAAACUAGGAAAAAACAUCCUUCCCGACCCCAGAAUGUCAGUCAGACCUCUCCUUGGAUUAAGAAGCUGUUACAUUAGAUCAAACAUCCUGAAAUCUGCAGUUUAAAACAUUAUAUGUUAAAGGACAACUGUCACUUUAAAAGGGACACUAUAGGCACCCAGAACACUUCAGCUCAUUGAAGGAAGUGAUCUGGAUGCACUGUCCCUAUUGCACUUAGUGCUGCAAUGUUAAGUCUGCCUCCGGUGUCUGUCUGGAUGUUAAUGGACUUUCGGUCCUAUAACUGAUGCUGGACAUCCUCACGCUCUGCAUGAGGGCAUCCAGCGUCAGCUAUUUCCCCACAGGAAGGUAUUGAUUCAAAGCUUUCCUACGGGGAGGCCUAAUGCGUGUGGGGCACUCGUCGCGCAUGUGCAUUAGAGCCCGCUCGUCGAGGGACAUUGAAAGAGGCGGAGCCGCAACCUAGCGCUGAGGGGAGGGGGGGCGCGAGGGAGGAGGGGGUGGGGGCAGAGGGAGCUAUAGUCCAAGGAAUACAGCUUUGUAUUCCUGGCACUAUUGUAUCCCUUUAAAACUAUUUUUUUUAUAUAAAUAUCUUUUCAGCAAGUUUUGAAAGGAAGUAAAUCAUAUGUUAAAUGAAGUAUAAGUAAACAAAAUUAGAAAAACUCAUCCCUGCCUUUAGUAUAUGACAGGAUCCUUCAGCCAUAUACAUACACCUUGGGUCAGACAGUUAGUCUCUAUGGUCUUCCAUGUUUCACUCUCUGCACAGUGACAUUAUCAGACCGAAAAACUGUCGAAUCCAAACACUGUCUGACCCAAGGUGCAUGUAUAUGACUGAAGGAUCCUCUCCAUUUCAUUUUAAAACUUGAUAAAAGGAUUAUUAUAUUACUCUGGUUUCCUAUAGGAGUCAAUUCAAAAUACUAAUCCAUACCUAUAAAACACUGAACAAGUCUAGCCCCUGUUACAUUUUCUAAUUGCCUAAUUUAUUAUUAAAUCUCGACCUGAUAUAAUAUUAUAUAUUGUAAAGCGCUAUAGAAUAUGUUGACACUAUAUAAAUAACAACAAUAACUAGUUUUGAGGCGACAGCUGUCGAUUGACCUUCAGUUUUAAAACAUGAUGUAAAUAAUUCACUAAAUAGUAUGCAGAAAGAAAUAAAAAAGAGAAAAAUUAUUCUUCAAGAUUCAAUAAUUCUGCUUUGCAAGACGUUUCAGACAGUCGGUGUCACCUGAUAUAAGCAUGAGUGAGCACAGGGUCCUCGAUGCAAGACUUUACAUAGUGCCCUAUUUGGAUGUAACUAAAUUUCUGGCAAAAGACCCAUUGUGGGCUAUACCCAGGCAUUCUGUUAAUGAGUCUGUUGAGUGGGUUACUAUAAAGAUAAUCCACAGGAGAUAUGGAGAGAAAAUCCACCAUCAAAACAGAAGCACUGGGGUGUUUUUCACCCCAUGGCCCCCCCCCCCCUCUUAGCUCACCCCUGCAUGCACUGCACAACCAUGUAAAUAAAGCUGUGAACAUCAUACACAGUGCUUGUGAGGUCACAAGCUCAUUAUGAGCAUUUACCUUGAUUUUAGUGCAAGCUAUCCUGGUUAAGAAGCUGAAUUGUGAAAUUCUCUAGGACAGUGAUGGCGAACCUUUUUGAGCCCGAGUGCCCAAACCGCAAUACAUGCCAACAUUUUUCUCCUUAAAGUGCCAACACGGCAAUUAAACCCAAAUACUGAGGUUUAAGUUUAGAAAAAAACAACUCGUACUGUUGUCCGAACUAAUAACUUUUGUUUUAAAAGAACACAGAGAGUUCAAUGAUACAAAUUUUAAAUAAUGAUAUAAAUAGAUAAAUUUAAGCUUAUAUUUAUUAGUAUCUUCAACAAAUGCAAUACAUACACAGUCUGCUGAAUACACACACACAAGACUGUUGAAUACAGAGACUGAUGAAUACACACACACACAGACUGCUGAGUACACACACACACACAGACUGCUGAGUACACACACACACAGAUUGCUGAGUACACACACACACACAGAUUGCUGAGUACACACACACACAGAUUGCUGAGUACACACACACAGACUGCUGAAUACACACACACACACAGACUGCUGAAUACACACACACACACAGACUGCUGAGUACACACACACAGUCCGCUGAAUACACGCACACACACACAGACUGCUGAAUACACGCACGCACACACAGACUGCUGAAUACACGCACACACACACAGACUGCUGAAUACACACAUACUGCAUUGAGGUGGGGGGUGCGUGUGUGUGUGAGUGUUGUAUGUGAGGGGUGCUGUGUGUGUGUGGGGGGGUGCUGUGUGUGUGUGUGCUAUAUGUGUAAGGGUGCUGCGGGGAGGUAGGGGUACUGUGUGUGGGGGGUAGGGGUACUGCUGGGAGGGUAGGGGUACUGUGUGUGGGGGGUAGGGGUACUGUGUGUGGGGGGUAGGGGUACUGCUGAGGGGUUAGGGGUACUGCUGGGGGGGUAGGGGGUUACUGCUGGGGAGGGGUAGGGGUUUCUGCUGGGGGUUGGGGUACUGCUGGGGGUUGGGGUACUGCUGGGGGUUAGGGGUACUGCUGGGGGGUAGGGGUUACUGCUGGGGAGGGUAGGGGUACUGUGUAUGGGGGUGGGGGUACUGCUGGGGAGGGUAGGGUUACUUUGGGGAGGUAGGGGGUUACUGCUGGGGGUGGGGGUGCUGUGUGGGGUUAGGGUGCUGGGGAGGUGGGGUUACUGCUGGGGGUGGAACUGCUGGGGGUUAGGGGCUGUGCUGGGGGGGGGGUACUGUUGGGGGAGGGUGGGGUUACUGGGAGGUGGGGGGUUACUGCUGGGGGGUUAGGGGUACUGCUGGGGGUUAGGGGUACUGCUGGGGGAGGGGUACUGCUGGGAGGGAGGGGUUACUGCUGGGGAGGGUAGGGGUUACUGCUGGGGGGGUAGGGGUACUGUGGGGGUAGGGGUACUGCUGGGGGGGUACUGCUGGGGAGGGUGGGGGUUACUGUGUAUGGGGGUAGGGGUACUGCUGGGGGUUAGGGGGCACUGUGUAUGGGGGGAGGGGUUACUGCUGGGGAGGGUUAAGGGUACUGCUGGAGGGUUAGGGGUACUGCUGGGCAGGGUAGGGGUUACUGCUGGGGGGUUAGGGGUUACUGCUGGGGAGGGUAGGGGUACUUCUGGGGGGGUAAGGGUGCUGUGUCAGUAUACAGCGAUCCCUGGUGGUCCGGUGGUGGUAAGAACUGCAGGGGGAGGGCUCCAGGAAGCAGCUCCCCUGUCCUCCCGCGCAAUGCUGUGUGAAGCGUUGCCAUGGUAACGUGCGGCAACGCUCCACACAGCAUCGCGCGGGAGGACAGGGGAGCUGCUUCCUAGAGCCCUCCCCCUGCCUCCCGACCCGGAAGCAGAGUAGGCGCCUGCCGUUUUGGGCAGGCAGGCGCCUACUCUGCAGUGAUGGCGAACCUGUGGCCGCGUGCCCACAGAAAGGGCCCGGCGUGCCACCUGUGGCACGCGUGCCAUAGGUUCGCCAUCACUGCUCUAGGAGGUACUAGUCGGUUAUGUUGUUUCUUCAAAAAUCAUAAAACCUUCGCUGUUGUGGUUAUGAUGCUAGGAGUUCCCUCCCAGAGUAAAUAAUUAAACCAUUUAAGGCUGAAUCAGCCAAUGCUCUCAGCCACUGAAUCAGCCCUGAACUACAGUGUAUAACUCAGUAGAGCUAAUGUAAGCUCCUUGCAGGAGCUUCCUGCAGCAAGGGAGGUGGCAACACGUGCCCAGCGGGACUCAGCUAAGUUAUUAAACCAUUCUUAAAUGGUUUGAUUACAUAUUCUGGUAGGGUGCCAGGGCACUCCUGCUUGAAGUGUUCUUUUAAAUAGUCUCAGCUUAUUAAGCAUUUAGCUUUUCAAUGUAUUUAUAGUUUUCCUGUAACAAAUGUUAGGAAAUUGCUAUUAUUAUGCGUUCAGUAAUAUCUGCUAUUUUACAGCCCUCUUUAAAUCAUGUCAUCCUUCUAUACCAGUGAUGGCAAAACUAUGGCAUGCAUGCCACAGGUGGUACGCCGGGCCCUCUCUGUGGGCACACGGCCAUAGGUCGCGGGGGGAGGGGGCCGCUGUCUGUCUGCAGCAAUGCAGAGUAGGCACCUACCUGCCCAAAACGGUAGGUGCCUACUCUGCUUUCUGUCGGGAGGACACAGAAGCAGUGGGAGGGACCUAGGAAGCAGCUCUCCUGUCCUCACGCGAGCAAUCUGUCUGGAGCGUUGCCGCGAGUUACCAUGGCAACGCUCCAUACAGCAUCGCACCGGAGGACAGGAGAGCUGCUUUGCAGACAUAUACUUACCACCACCAGACCACCAGGGCUGGCUGUUUCCCCCCUCCUUCACCAAAGGUAAGAAGUAGGGAGGGGGGGGGGGAAUAAAGAUUUAAUAUAUCUUUUUUUAUGUAUCUUUACCGCCACCCCCACCACACAGUACCCAUACCCUCCCACACACAUUACCCCUACACUCCCCCCACACAGCUCCCCUACCCCCUCACACACACAGCAUCCCUAACCCUCCCACACACAGCACCCCUAACCCCCACACACAGCAUCCCUACCCCCCACACACAGCACCCCUCAAAUACACACAGCACCCCUCACACACAAACACAUACACUGCACCCCUCAAUGCAGUAUGUGUGUGUGUGUAUUCAGCAGUCUGUAUGUAUUCAGCAGUCUGUAUGUGUAUAUAUUCAGCAGUCUGUGUGUGUAUGUAUUCAGCAGUCUGUGUGUACUCACUAGUGUGUGUAUUCAGCAGACUGUGUGAGUGUAUUCAGCAGUCUGUGUGUGUGUGUGUGUAUGUAUUAGCAGUCUGGGUGUGUAUGUAUUUAGCAGUCUGUGUGUGUGUAUUCAGCAGUCUGUGUGUGUGUAUAUUCAGCAGUGUAUGUAUUCAGCAGACUGUGUGUAUGUAUUCAGCAGUCUGUGUAUGUAUUCAGCAGUCUGUCUGUAUGUGUAUUCAGCAGUCUGUGUAUUCAGCGGACUGUGUGUGUGUCUUCAGCGGACUGUGUGUGUAUUUAGCAGUCAGUGUGUGUGUGUGUGUGUAUUUAGCAGUCGGUGUGUGAAUGUGUUCAGCAGUCUGUGUGUAUGUAUUGCAUUUGUUGGAGAUACUAAUAAAUAUAAGCUUAAUUUUAUCUAUUCAUAUCAUUAUUUGUAUCAUUGAACUCUCUGUUGUUGUGUUCUUCUUUUAAAACAAAAAUUGUUAAUUAGUUCGGACAACUGUAUGAGUUGUUUUUUCUAAACUUAAGACUCAGUAUUCAGGUUUAAUUGCCGUGUUGGCACUUCUAUACAAUCAGCAGUUUACUACACAGCAGUGAUAUCAUUGACCACAAGGUGGCACUUGGCAUUACUGAAAUUUAAAACAAUGCUAUUGCAGUGAGAACAUUUUUUAGUUGGCAGCAAAAAACAAAUGUAAAAAUAUAUUUUUGUAGAUUUGCUCUUUAUAUUUUGUGGAAGUGUGGUGUGAUGAUGUAAAAAAUGAAAAAUGUAAACUGAAAAAUCACUUCAUUUUCUAACUGUGUAUUUCUAUUCUUAAAAUAAAAAAUAAAAUAAAAAAAAGAUUGUCGAAAAAUUAAAAAUUAGGAAAUGCCAGCUAUUUUUAUGGUAGGUAAAGGUUUUCGUAAAAAUCACAGUAAAUAUGUGGAUGACAUAAGCUAAAUGAUCAUCAAGAAAAAAAGACCCGUCAGGCUCGAAACGUCGGUCGAUUUUUGUAUACACCUAAUGGAUUAAUAAAGCGCAUUUUUUCACUUUGAUGAAGACCUGUGAGUGCAUCCCGUUUUUCUUAUUUGCUUACAUAGAUAUAUAUAUAUACACACACACAUACUUCAUAGGUAUUUUGUGCUUAUUUGAUUUACAGUCCACAAUAGUAAUAAUGGCUUUUGUCACCUGAUACUGUACUGUCACAAUUUCUAAUUAGUGGAAGGAGUUUACAUUUAAUUUGCAUGUUUGGAAUAACUUGAGCAGUAUCCAUCUAUUUAUUUGUGGCGGAGUUCCCGUACUUGAACUGAACACCUCUGCCCAGUCCACUUCCCAGCUGCUUCCAGGAACCCGGCAGCCCCAGUCACCAAAGUCUGACUAGGGUCUCUCUGGAGCUCUUUCCUUCCAGGCAGGUAUCGUCACCUCUGCAGUCCUUCUUCCAGCCAGGUAUCGUCCCCUCUCCCUAUUCCUCUGCAGUCCUUCUUCCAGGCAGGUAUCGUCCCCUCUGCCUAGUCCUCUGCAGUCCUUCUUCCAGGCAGGUAUCAUCCCCUCUGCCUAUUCCUCUGCAGUCCUUCUUCCAGGCAGGCAUCGUCCCCUCUGCCUAUUCCUCUGCAGUCCUUCUUCCAGGCAGGUAUCAUCCCCUCUUCCUAUUCAUCUGCAGUCCUUCUUCCAGACAGGUAUCAUCCCCUCUGCCUAUUCCUCUGCAGUCCUUCUUCCAGGCAGGCAGGGCCGCCAUCAGGGCAUGACAACCAUAACGGUUGUCAUGGGCCCAGCGGUCCUGGGGGGCCCUGAGACCCGGUAUGGACCCAGUGUGGCCAGCCUCUUCUCCUGGGGGGCCCAGCAGCCGGUCACCUCAGGGCCCCCCUGAGGCUGGGCCUGGUGUCACCUGGCGGGCAGGUGCGCGGGUGCACGAGGGAGCACUCUCCCCUGAGUGCUUCCUCUUCAGCUCCCUCAUGCACCGCACUGAUGCAGGAGCCAGAAGAUGACGUCAUAUUCCGGCGUGUGUUAGAGUGUGUUAGAGUGUGUGUGUUAGUGUGUGUGUGUUAGAGUGUGUCAGUGAGUGUAUUACUGUGUGUGUCUGUUACUGAGUGUGUUAGUUUGUGUGCGUCUGUUAGUGAGUGUGUGUAUGUCUGUCAUUGAGUGUGUGUCUGUCAGUAAAUGUGUGUCUGUUAGCUAGUGUGUAUGCGUCUGUUCGUGAGAGUGUGUGUGUGUGUGUCUUAAGCACUUACCAUUCUCCAGCGCCGGACUCAAUUGGCGCUGGGGAUCUCUCCGCCCUGAUCCGCCUCUCACCUCUGAGUGCGCAUGCGUGGCAAGAGCCGUGCGCACAUUCAAACCGCCCAUAGGAAAGCAUUACUCAAUGCUUUCCUAUGGACGUUCAGUGUCUUCUCACUGUGAUUUUCUCUGAAACUGCUAUGUUUUCAGCUGCAGGGUUAAAACUAGAGAGACCUGGCACCCAGACCACUUAAUUGAGCUGAUGUGAUCUGGAUGUCUGUAGUGGUCCUUUAAGUGUAUCUGCAUGCAUUGGCGUACAUACCGCAGUCGCAGGGGUCACAGCCCUGCGACCAGGUGCCCGCUGCCAUGUGUUGCGACCCAAGCCCGCGCAGAGUAAGCGCACGCGGGGGGGGCCCCAUGGAUCAGUUUUCACACCGGGGCCCCAUGGGUUGUGUGUACGCCACUGCCCACAUUAGCUAUGUGCACACAUAUAUAACGAUUAACGCUAUAUGUGUGUGCACUGCGGGCCCCCCGCUACCUGUAUUCCGCAGGGGGCCCAGCACACUUGAAAUAUACUGCCCAGAUGCUCUACUCUGUCUAAGUCUCGCGAGCGACGCGAUCGUCAGAGCGUUGCCAUUGCAACGCCCCGCAUGGCUCGCGAGUCUUCGACAGAGCAGAGCAUCUGGGUAGUAUAUUUCAAGUGUGCUGGGCCCCCUGCAAAAUACAAGUAGCGGGGGCUGCACCAUUCCUCAGGACCUCCAGCUCCAGGGCUCCAGCCAAUGUGAUCUCCCCCCUCCAUGGCCACAGGUGAGAUACAGGGAGGGGGGAAUAAAACAAUACAGUUAAUGGAUGAAAAAAAAAAAGUGUAGGCUUUUCCCCCCACAUUUUGCAGCCCCAUACAUUUACACACACUAUACACUAACAUUUACACACACUAUUCACUAACAUUUACACACACAAUACACUAACAUUUACAUACACUAUACACUAACAUUUACAUACACUAUUCAUUAACAUUUACACACACUAUUCACUAACAUUCACACACACUAUUCACUAACAUUUACACACACACUAUUCACUAACAUUUACACACACACUAUACACUAACAUUUACAUACACUAUUCACUAACAUUUACACACACUAUACACUAACAUUUACACACACUAUAUGCAAACAUUUACACACACUAUAUGCUAACAUUUACACACACUAUUCGCUAACAUUUACACACUAUACACUAACAUUUACACAAACUAUACACUAACAUAUACACACAAUAUUCACUAAAAUUUACACAAACUACAUCCUUACACAAACAUACACUCUGCAGUCACUACACACACUACACCUUUACACAAACACACACUCUGGAGGCACUACACAAACACACACACUCUGCAGUCACUACACACACUACAUCCUUACACAAACACACACUCUGCAGUCACUACACACACUACUUCCUAACACAAACACACACUGCAGUACCUACACAAACACACUUUGUAGUCACUACACACACUACAUCCACUACACAAAGACACACUCUGCAUUCACACACUGUAUUCACUAAACACUACAUCCACUACACACACUCUGCAUUCACUAUAAACACACACUACAUCCACUACACAAACACACACUCUGCAUCUAAUAUACACCUCAUACAUUACACAAAUGUACAAUCCGCAUCCAUUAUACACACAGCAUCCGUUAAACACACACCGCAUCCACUUAACACACGAACUCUGCAUCCACUAAACACAUUCUACAUACACUAUACACACCAGAAUCAGUACAGACACUGCAUCCCUGUGGGCAGACUCGGGCAGCACUUUGGGCAGACUCGGGUGCAGGCACCGGGGGGGCCCAGACCUUGAGCUGUGUCAGGGGCCCCAAAAUUUCUGAUGGCAGCCCUGCAGGCAUGUAUCGUCUCCUCUGCAACUUUCCUUCCAGGCAGGUAUGCAAUGCCUAGAAGGCAUUGGAUGCCUCUGCCUGCACUGUGAUUGCUCAUAUCUUUUUAAGGACUUUUGUGGCUCUCAUGUCUGGCUCUCUUUUUUAUUUGCCCUCAGGCUAGAGGGAUCGUGCAGCCAGCCAACAUAUCCAAAGACUCUGUUAAUGGAAUCCCUAAAAAAUUCACACAGGACAUACAAAAAAAAAAAAAGUACCUAGCAUUCUCAACUUUAUGUUUACUUGGGACUAGCCCAUAUGUUCAUAACAUUUAGAUUGCUGUGACAACUUCAAUAAAAUACAAAUAACCAAAUCAUACCAGACAACAUACAGGAACUUAAAAUAAUAUAAUGACAUACAGGGAGUGCAGAAUUAUUAGGCAAAUGAGUAUUUUGACCACAUCAUCAUCUUUAUGCAUGUUGUCUUACUCCAAGCUGUAUAGGCUCGAAAGCCUACAACCAAUUAAGCAUAUUAGGUGAUGUGCAUCUCUGUAAUGAGAAGGGGUGUGGUCUAAUGACAUCAACACCCUAUAUCAGGUGUGCAUAAUUAUUAGGCAACUUCCUUUCCUUUGGCAAAAUGGGUCAAAAGAAGGACUUGACAGGCUCAGAAAAGUCAAAAAUAGUGAGAUAUCUUGCAGAGGGAUGCAGCACUCUUAAAAUUGCAAAGCUUCUGAAGCGUGAUCAUCGAACAAUCAAGCGUUUCAUUCAAAAUAGUCAACAGGGUCGCAAGAAGCGUGUGGAAAAACCAAGGCGCAAAAUAACUGCCCAUGAACUGAGAAAAGUCAAGCGUGCAGCUGCCACGAUGCCACUUGCCACCAGUUUGUCCAUAUUUCAGAGCUGCAACAUCACUGGAGUGCCCAAAAGCACAAGGUGUGCAAUACUCAGAGACAUGGCCAAGGUAAGAAAGGCUGAAAGACGACCACCACUGAACAAGACACACAAGCUGAAACGUCAAGACUGGGCCAAGAAAUAUCUCAAGACUGAUUUUUCUAAGGUUUUAUGGACUGAUGAAAUGAGAGUGAGUCUUGAUGGGCCAGAUGGAUGGGCCCGUGGCUGGAUUGGUAAAGGGCAGAGUGCUCCAGUCCGACUCAGACGCCAGCAAGGUGGAGGUGGAGUACUGGUUUGGGCUGGUAUCAUCAAAGAUGAGCUUGUGGGGCCUUUCGGGUUGAGGAUGGAGUCAAGCUCAACUCCCAGUCCUACUGCCAGUUCCUGGAAGACACCUUCUUCAAGCAGUGGUACAGGAAGAAGUCUGCAUCCUUCAAGAAACAUGAUUUUCAUGCAGGACAAUGCUCCAUCACACGCGUCCAAGUACUCCACAGCGUGGCUGGCAAGAAAGGGUAUAAAAGAAGAAAUCUAAUGACAUGGCCUCCUUGUUCACCUGAUCUGAACCCCAUUGAGAACCUGUGGUCCAUCAUCAAAUGUGAGAUUUACAAGGAGGGAAAACAGUACACCUCUCUGAACAGUGUCUGGGAGGCUGUGGUUGCUGCUGCACGCAAUGUUGAUGGUGAACAGAUCAAAACACUGACAGAAUCCAUGGAUGGCAGGCUUUUGAGUGUCCUUGCAAAGAAAGGUGGCUAUAUUGGUCACUGAUUUGUUUUUGUUUUGUUUUUGAAUGUCAGAAAUGUAUAUUUGUGAAUGUUGAGAUGUUAUAUUGGUUUCACUGGUAAUAAUAAAUAAUUGAAAUGGGUAUAUAUUUGUUUUUUGUUAAGUUGCCUAAUAAUUAUGCACAGUAAUAGUCACCUGCACACACAGAUAUCCCCCUAACAUAGCUAAAACUAAAAACAAACUAAAAACUACUUCCAAAAAUAUUCAGCUUUGAUAUUCAUGAGUUUUUUGGGUUCAUUGAGAACAUGGUUGUUGUUCAAUAAUAAAAUUAAUCCUCAAAAAUACAACUUGCCUAAUAAUUCUGCACUCCCUGUAUUUAUAAAGGGGUGAGUAUAAAAUCUCUAUCCUAUCUGCAGAACUUGAAAUAUGCAAAUCUACCUGAAUAUGCAAAUAUGCAAACUUUGCUAUUCAGUUGGUGCAUACAGCUGUUGCUACCAACAGAGGGUGCUAUACAGGCUUCAUAGCCAUAUCCACCUAGUUGGUAGCAAGCAUUAGCAGGACAGGAGAGCACACAAAACAAUUAACAAUAAACAAACACAUAAUACAAAACCUGCACCUAUAAUGAGCACAGGGUGACUUAGACAUAGGAGUAGUCCAGGGUCCUACAUAAAGUGUUAGUCUGUAACCCCUGGUGAUGGUGACUAACGUCACACUAUUAAAGUGAGCAUUUAAAUUGUAUUUCAUAUUUAAGGCCAGAAUAGCUGAACUGAAAUCAUAGCUGACCUGGAGAACUUUUCCAGUUCAACUAUUUUGACCUUAAACUUGAACUUCACAAAGUGCAGGGUUAAACAACUUUCGGCACUUCAGAUGUUGAGGAUUACAUCUCCCAUAAUGCUCUUCAAACCAUAAUGCUGGCAAAGCAUGAGGGGAGAUCGAUAAUAUCCGUAUGUUGUAUAAUAUAGUAUAAUAUAGUCCACAAUAUCUGGAGUGCCAAAGUUUGACUAUCCCUGCUUUAGUUAAAAAAUAUUUAUAUAUAGAAAGAAAGACAUUGGAGAGGUAAAACACAGGCCUGGCAAGUAGACAUUCACUCCUAAUAAGUGUCCCAUUGACCCUUCGGGCUUGCCUUGCAGUGGCGAGUAACUUAACUUUGGCUAGUGAUAUAGGACUUUAAAUUGAACCCCGUGUAUGUUCAUAUAUAUUCAAAAAUUACUGUUGUGUAUCAUCUACAUAUCUCUAUAUCAUCAUAUCAUCUACAUAGCUACAUAUCGCAGCCCUCAAGCAGGACCUUGGAAAAGUUUGCCAUGAGCACAGUAAUUCCAAGAAGGUUUAAAUAACUAUGGUUAAAACAAUGUUCCAUUGCUAAGAUGAGGUCUGAAACUUGACACCUGUCUGUGUUAAUUUACAUUUCAAGAUAGGGAUUCUAGGAGAACUGCAAAAACAUGAUUUCUGUGCCCAAAACUGACGUUUCCCAAAGGUUCUAAUUGUGGAUACACAACAGUAUUUUUUAAUUAGCAAAUCUGUAGGAAAGUUUGUCUAUUUAUCUGUAUCUAUUCUAUCUGUCUGUCUGUCUGUCUUCUGUCUAUCUAUCUAAUGUUGUCCACUUUUGGCAUACAGGUCUAAUCAACAUGACAAAAAAGAAAGAUAUAUCUUUCCAUAAAAUGUAGCUAUAGAUUGUAUAUUUGAAAAAAUAAAGAAUUUAAAUAUAUAGAUUUCUUGGUGUUUUCUUUUAAUUAAAGGAUCACUACAGUGUCAGGAAAACAAAGCGGUUUUCCUGACACUAUAGUGCCCUGAGGGUGCACCCACCCUCAGGGCCCCCCUCCAAUGGCGCUGAAGGGGUUAAACCGGCGCUGGUGACCUCUCCUUCCCGUCUGACGUCAGCUCCCCUGUCCGACGUCACUGGAGCCUAAUGCGCAUGCGUGGCAAGUGCCGCACAUGCGCAUUCAAAGUAUCCAUAGGAAAGCAUUUCUCAAUGCCUUCCUAUGAACGCUCUGUGCGAUGGAGGCAAAAUUCCGGAAGACAGCCACUAGAGGCUGGAUUAACCCCAAAUGUAAACAUAGCAGAUUCUCUGAAACUGUUAUGUGUACAUGUGAAGGGUUAAAACCUGUUGCCACCCUAGACAAAGAAGUUCUGCAGAGGUAAAUGUGCCUUUUACUUUCACCGGGGCACUACUUGCCUAGCAAGCACUUCUGUAGCAAUUACAAGGCUCAAAGAAUGAAGGACUGUCACACUGAGAAGUGACAUUUCCGCUUUAAAUGCAGCUAUCUUAGUUAUCAUUGUACCCUUUUUUUGGUCAAUCUUUGUUUUAUUGAGGCAAUAAUAUAAGCAUACAAGUUUCAGAGUGAAUGCAGAUAGAACAAUAUAGAGAUUUGCAAUAGCAACAAUGUAUAGCAUUUGGCAAAAGCAAGCCUUUUUUACUUUUAUAUAAUGUGUGUGUAACGAAUGGAGCUGGCGGGUGAGAUUUGUGUUAGACAUGUCUUGUCAGGUGCAGGUACCCUGUUAGUGGCUAUUAAGGUUGAAAAGAAAGAAAAAAUAAAAGUAAGCGUUAAACACAUGGAUAUCAUUAUCAGACAGAUCGGUCAGUCGAUCACUGAGGCGCCGUAUUAUGUCUUAAUUAUGUGCGUGCAAUUUGGGCGCUAUCAUGAAUGGCACCUCUGUUGUUGUGACAGUUACCUGCAGAUUAUGGGGACGGAUAGAUUGAUGACCCCUAACCAAGGGGGACACGGAGGCGGAGUAGUGAAUACUCUCAAGAAUAUGGGGAUUGUACCCUUUUAACUGCCACAUUUAUUUACUUUGACAGAUGUUUAAUCUAGAUGCUGGCUUCUGUAUGGACUAUAAAUUCAGUCAUGAGAUUUCUGGACAACCUGUUGAACUUUCCAAUUGUGCGGACACAAUUACUCAGGUAUUAUGAUCAUAUUUAGUCCAAUUUCCUUAUUUAUACAUAUAUAAAGAGAGAGAGAGAAAGAGAGAGAGAGAGAGAGAGAGAGAGAGAGAGAGAGAGAGAGAGAGAGAGAUGUGCUUUUCAUACAAUGUAGCAAUCAAUGUGUUUAUUCUUUUGCAGAUUUUUGAGUAUAACCUGAAAGAAAUCCUAUAUAAAUCUGCAAGGUCUCUUUGCCUUGACGUUAGACAUGAACGGAUUAUCAUUGAAAACUGUACUAUCCUUGGGGAACCUGCAAGAAAGCCGUUAUGGAACUUUAGUGAGGUAUGAAAAAACAUUAAAAUGAUUAGUUUGCGUUCGUUCUGAUACAACUUCUCGUGAAGCCUUGUUUUACACAAUAUUUACUGAUAUAGCACCCAACACCGUGACAGCUUUCUAGUACUGCAGGUUUCAGUAAGUGGCUAUAGAUGUUGAGAAUUUAGAUUUACAGACUUUAAAAAGCCUCUGAUGUAAACUUUGUGAACCUAAUAAAAAUAUUUUACAAGGUUUUGUAUUUCAAAGUUGUGGAUACUGCUCUGAUUUAAAAUCCUGACGUGGGCUGUGUUGCCUAUAUUUUAAACACAGAUGCACCGUUUUGAAAUUAUAGCAUACCAAUCCUUUUAAGUUUUUUCAGGAUUUUUCCUUAAGUGUCGUUUUUAUUUUAUUUGUACAGGUUACCAGAAGCCCUGUCCAUUAAGAGUAUAUUUGAAGAGAAGGCCUAUAAUUUACAAAACUCUUGUACACUAUAAUUUCAUUUCCACUUUUUUGUUGGACACUGACUUGCAAUUGUGAAAACAUAAGCACUGUGGCAUUCAAGAACUGAUUUUAUAUUACAAGAAUGUUUCUGUUAGUAAUUUUUAAAUUUUAAUUGGUUUCUAUAGCAACUCAAAUCCAGACUAAUGUGCCUGUCAUUUAGGUGACGUUAAAGAGCGUAUGUUGACCUUUACCAAAAGCAUAAUAUAUUCAGUCUAUUACUUAAAAAAUUAUAAAUGUGAAACAAAUAUUUUACAAGAUACUUUUCUGUAAUAAAAAUGAAAGUAUUGUUUCUGGUAAUAGUUUAUAAUGGCUGUAAGUAGGCAACGUCUUGUGUCUCUCUUCAAAAUCUAAAUGUCCCUGAUUGACAAAUCUUGUGUGUUAGGGUUGUAUGGCACCCAAAACACUUACUCUGGACAUAUCUGCAUCUAUCUAUCGAUCUAUCUAGCUAUGUUCUAACUAUUGUUAAAAAAAAAAAAACACACUAGAGGAUCAGGAAUACAAACGUAUUCCUGACCCUAGAGAGUUUAAAAUGCAAUUUAGGCCCCUGCCGCCUCCCCACACAUAAAAAUGAUUAAAACUCACCUUCAUUCCAGUGCCACGGAGGUCUGCCGGUGCUUCCCUCCUGCUUCAGAUCCUUCUCAUUGGCUGACAUCAUUAGAAUUGAUGAUCUCAGCCAAUCUAAUGCUUUUACAUGGGAAAGCAUUGGAUUGGCUGAGAUCGUCAAAUCAGAUGAGCUCAGCCAAGGAGGCAGAUUGGGGGCGGAGCGAAAUGCCACUCUAACCAAUCAACAUCUCCUCAUAGAGAUGCAUUCAGCCGGUCUGAGCGGCUGCAACUGGACGUGUUUCUAGGCUGUAAUCUGAAAGGGCAGUAUUCACAUGAAAAUCCCUGCAGGUAAUGACUAUAUUCAUCAGAAAAACUACAUUAUGCUGUAGUUGUUCUGGUGACUAUGGUGUCCCUUUAAUUUUGAACUGUCCUACACUUUCACACACAUCUCAUAUUGGUUGUUUGCUUUGUUAUUUGCCAUUUGUACUGGAUUUUCCAAUGGAACCUUUUUUUGCUUUUACACUGUAAACUAGUAACAAACUCAACUCAAAAUCUUUUCUCUUCCAAACUCCAGGCUGGAUUGGUGAAACACAUUCCAUCUGGCAAAUGCAUUGAGCCUAUAAAUAGGAAUCCUGGCACAACUCUGCUUCUAAAACCAUGUAAUCACCAAAGAAAACAGCUAUGGAAAAUUAUACCUCUUUGAUCAAUCUGAGAUAAAAUAUGUAAUGUAUAAUGUAUGCAAAUAUUAGAAAAAGAAUCUUCAGUGCGGAUCUUCUGAUUUAACAAAUUUAUUUGACUUAACAAAAAUAAAUAAAAUAGGGUUUAUUUAGUAAACCAAGAUGUUUGGUAAAUUUAACAAUGAAUUGCAAAAUGCGGGCAAAAAGUGGCCAAGCAAUUGGAGAAUAUUUUGUCCAAAUAUUGCAGUUGUUAAAUAGUGGUAGUCAAGUCACACACUUGUUUAAGGAAGUGAGUUAACAAAUGCAAAUAUAUCUAUAAUGAGACAUCUUCUAGCUUGCAUAUAUAUAUAUAUAUAUAUAUAUAUAUAUAUAUAUAUAUAUAUAUAUAUAUAUAUAUAUAUAUAUAUAUAUAUAUAUAUAUAUAUAUAUAUUUAUAUGACACCACAUUAGGUGGUUAACAAAACAGAAUGUAAUAAUAUUUGUUCAAUUACUUGUUAACGUGUUACUUUUUGUAUGAAGGUUAGCAAGAGGGCUCUUCAGAUGUUCGGGCAUCUGAUACCACCUAGCCUGGGUAAUGCUGCGCAGCUAAGUAAUCCUGACGGACAUGAUGGGUUUGUUUAAGCAGGAUUGAGGUAGGGUGAGGUGGCGUUUUCCGAUAGACGGAGUGAGAAGGGCUGUAUGAGGGAAGGACUGGAUGGUGGUGUGAGACGUAAUAGUGGAACUGUAUGAUACAUGGUUGGAACAUGUGUGCAAGUAUUAAAGAACAAAAAAUAAAAAUCAUUUAUUUCAUGAAUGGUUAAAUACAGAGGUAAUUUCAUUUUAUAGAUAUAUAGUGCACACUGUUUGUGAAAUACAGUGAGGGGGGAAAAAAGUAUUUGAUCCCCUGCUGAUUUUGAACUUUUGCCCACUGACAAAGAAAUGAUCAGGACUAUAAUUUUAAUGGUGGGUGUAUUUUAACAGUGAGACAGAAUAUCAGAAAAAAAAAAAUCCAGAAAAACGUAUGUCAAAAAAGUUAUAAAUUGCUUUGAAUGUCAAUAAAUGAAAUAAGUAUUUGACCCCUUUGACUUAGUACUUGGUGGCAACAUAGAGGUCAGAUGUUUGCCACCAGGUUUGCACACAUCUCAGGAGGGAUUUUGUUCCACUCCUCUUUGCAGAUCCUCUCCAAGUUAAGGUUUCGAGGCUGACGUUUGGCAACUCGAACCUUCAGCCCUCUCCACAGAUUUUCUAUGGGAUUAAGGUCUGGAGACUGGCUAGGCCACUCCAGGACCUCAAUGUGCUAAUUCUUGAGCCACUCCUUUGUUGCCUUGGCUGUGUGUUUUGGGUCAUUGUCAUGCUGGAAUACCCAUCCACGACCCAUUUUCAAUGCCCUGGCUGAGGGAAGGAGCAUCUCACCCAAGAUUUGACAUUACAUGGCCUGUUCAUCGUUCCUUUGAUGCGGUGCAGUUGUCCUGUCCCCUUAGCAGAAAAACACCCCCAAAGCAUAAUGUUUCCACCUCCAUGUUAGACGGCGGGGAUGGUAUUCUUUGGGUUAUAGACAGCAUUCCUUCUUCUCCUAGCGAGUUGAGUUGAUGCCAAAGAGCUCGAUUUUGGUCUCAUCUGACCAAAACACUUUCACCUAGUUCUCAUCUGAAUCAUUCAGAUGUUCAUUGGCAAACUUCAGACUGGCCUGUACAUGUGCUCUCUUGGAUUUUGGUCCUUCACGGCUUAGUGUGUUACCAAUUGUUUUCUUGGUGACUAUGGUCCCAGCUGCCUUGAGAUCAUUAACAAGAUCCCAACAUGUAGUUCUGAGCUGAUUCCUCACCAUUCUCAUGAUCAUUGAAACUCCACAAGGUGAGAUCUUGCAUGGAGCACCAGACCGAGGGAGGGAGACAGUUAUUUUGUGUUUCUUCCAUUUGCGAAUAAUCACACCAACGGUUGUCACCUUCUCACCAAGCUGUUUGGCAAUGGUCUUUUAGCCAAUUCCAGCAUUGUGUAGGUGUACGAUCUUGUCCCUGACAUCCUUGGACAGCUCUUUGGUCUUGGCCGUGGUGGAGACUUUGGAAUCUGAUUGACUGAUUGCUUCUGUGGAGAGGUUUCUUUUAUACAGGCAACAAGCUGAAAAUAGGAGCACUUCCUUUAAGAGAGUGCUCCUAAUCUCAGCUUGUUACCUGUAUAAAAGACACCUGGGAGCCAGAAAUCUUGCUGAUUAAUAGGGGAUCAAAUACUUAUUUCACUCAUUGACAUGCAAAUCAAUUUAUAAAUUUUUUGACAUGCUUUUUUCAGGAUUUUUGUUGUUAUUCUCUCUCUCACUGUUAAAAUACACCUACCAUUAAAAUUAUAGACUGGUAAUUUUUUUUGUCAGUGGGCAAAAAUAUUCAUGCGACCACCAAGUAAAUAUCAUAAAUAAAUAUAAAAACAACAUUGUAAACAUGUUAUAUAGGAUGUUAGAUAUGACCAUUAUAGGAUAGACAGUUAUUAAAAUGGAAAAUAUUUUAUGUACACUAUGUAAGGGUAAAGUAAGAUGAUGCUGAUUCGCUAUCUAUAUCAUCUCUAUGAUGAAUGAUAUACUUAUAGUCAAUGGUGGAGAUUUCUGUGAAAGUGAUCCUGACGCGACAGGUUCGUUUUAAAUCAAAUCUUUGCUUGUGUACAGAGGGGUCAACAUUAAUUCUGAUUGUUAAAUGGGAAAUGUCAAAUUCUCAAAUUUUUUUAUAUUAUGUGUACAUAUUUGGUAUAUUUAACGAACAUGUAUUUGUGCAGUAGUAAAAAAUAAAAAAUAUCUUUAA